GUUUACUACUUAGGGUUACGAAAGACCAUCGCCCGAUUGCUGAACUGGAGACGGAAGUGGUGAGGUAAAAACUAACACUCUUUGUCAUUCUUAACUAAUUAUUAGAGAGUCAGAAAAUCAAGAACAGAAUGGUUAGUUCACUCAAGUUUUGGUCCAGUGGUUAUGAGCUCUAUGAUGUUCAGCGUUUUGUUUGUGUAAACCUGGCUCGGGUUGUUCAAAUGUUGGAUAACGCUUUCCACCGGAUAAAUCACUAUCCAGCGGAUAAGUAUUACGGGAACCACUGUUGCGUUCUGAUCCAGUGGAAAGCAUUAUCCACCCUUUGAACGACUGCGGCCUGUUCGUUUUUUUCACAAAAACAUUUCUUUAUGAUAACCUAGCAGUAUCAAAAAAUGGAAACACAAAUCCUCGAUUUAAUCUCCCUAAUAAACUUUUCAAAGAAUUGAAUCCAUUUGACAGCAAGACUAAUUUAGACAUGAAUAUAGCGAUUUUCUUGAAAUUGUUCUUUUUUAAUCAGAGUUACGUUGAACUAUUAUCGGGAAGUUGGUCAGUGGUCACGUGUACGUGACUAUUACUAUUUCUAAGCCUAGAAUGCAAUGUGCUCUUCGGACUCUCGUUCACAGGUAUCUCACCAUCCCCUUCCACGCCUUUUUCAAUAACUGAGGGAUUCCCGUCCGCAAAGCUUUAUUUUUAUAUUGACGAGAAUUUUUUAUGUCCUGUUUCGUUUACUUACAAAUAAAUACAUGACUACACUUCAAGUACAUUACUUACUUGAACAAUCCAGAUCUAUCAUACAAAGAAGCCAAAACAGCUUAGCACGUGGUUCUUGCAUACUCAAGCACACACUUGCACACACCCAUAUAACACCUGCAACUAAGCACGUAUACUGAUUCAUGCCUAGAAUUGUCAAAACAGCCUCUAGAGAAAUAACGUCAUUGCUGUUCUCUGUACAUUUGUACAAAGGAGAGAAAGACUAAAGAUUAUUUUCCCGGGGUAAAGGCUCCCCAUUUUGCAUUAAAUUUUCUUUAAGUCCCACUUUUAAUAGCAUAACGUCUUUCAUAGUCAAAACAAUUUAAUACGGUUCGAAAAAAAAAGAGUUCCCUUGGGGGGCUAAGGCCAUAAGAAUGCAUGAUGAAAGAGAGGGUUUGUAGUAUCGUUCACGAAGCCUAUGCAAGACAGAAAAGAGGAUUUUUCGUUAAGGAAGCAAUUCAGGGAGUCAGAAAUAAACCUAAGAAAAAUGUCUCCUUUGUUUCUACCGAGCAUCCACCGGCAAUCAGAGAAUUUAACGACCGAGUCUACGACCCCCCCCCCCCGCAACCCCCUUCCCCUAUCAAGACAUAUACAUCAUCAUUCGUCAAUAGCUAUUUUACAAGACAGUUUCAAGGUUCACUGACAUUCAUACUUCAUAUUAAGAAAAGACACUGUUGUAGCACAAACUAGUGUUACUGAAGUCCCGUGGAAGCACAUCCCUUCAGAUAACUCUCACAUGCUUUUCUCGUGAACGAUGUGAAAUUUUCUUGGGAGUUUUACUUCGCGGAUAACCAAUCAUCUACGUUUAGCGGAAACACAUUUCCGUCUUAUUGGACUUCAGACUUAAGCGGUAUUAAGCGCUGGGACUGGAAAACAAAUUGGCUGAGACAGGCUGUGAUAAGUUUCUGUCCGAUAUUAUAGGUAUAGCUCUUAAGUAUGGGUCGAAUAUGAUGCAUUUUUCAAUUGCUUUUUUCUUUUUUGUUUUUGUUUUUUUUUUAAUUUUUUUAUCUUCUCUGCUGUGCUCCCAGUCGAUUCGUUUCUAUUUAUAGAUACGACAGAGUCAUUUGCUUUCGGUUCUGAAAGAAUCAGGCCACCGAAUGACUCUUUUUCUAUAAAAUAACUGUCCGAAGGGGCGCACAUUGACUAUAAAUUUCUUAAGCUCGAGAAACGCUAAAAAUGUCUUUCUUUUUGGAGUUUUUCUUCCAACUUGCCAAUGAUUUUCGUAGCUUAAUUGAUAGGUUUUCUACUAAGGUUAGGUCAUAUGUCAGUCACAUUUAAUUUGUUACAAGAUAUAAUUAAAAAAGUCUGCUGAAAAUUUCAGCACAGAGCGUGACAAAACGUUCCCUAGAAUUCUCCAAUGAAAGAGCGGUUACUCCAUGUUCAUCAGGGCAGCAAACAGUUUGGAAUGGAACAACCAACAUUCCCUUAAGACAUCCGAACAGACAAAUAGUUCUUUAAGUCAGCCGGAAAUUAACUAAACAGGCUUCUAAAGCGUAGAGAAAACCAUUUGAGACACGGUCGUUGGGUGCCGAAAUGCUUUCAAAACAUUUUCCGCUUAUAAUACCGUGUUUUCCCUGAGAUUGCCACACUCAAAGAGGACACCGUCCUACGAGUUAAAAGGCUGAUUACCUCACCAUACAUAAUCAAAGCCAGUGGGUAUGGCAGCAAGUUAGUAGACAGAAUGGGUGCAUUUGGAGCAGCGAGUAUCUCUGGAACCCACAUCUUUAUGGACGUCCUGAAUGCCGACGGCACAUUGACUGUACCACCGAGUAAGAAAAACAAAUGCUUUCUGUUUAUAAUUAUAAAAAUUUUUCAACUAUUGCUUACCUUCGUUUAUUUCCUCCACCUUGUUUUGUUUUGCUUUGUUGUUUCUGGUUUUGCUUUUUUGAUCGUUAUUCAAUACGCGCGUGCACAGUGGCAUACACGUAGGUAUGCCCUUGGCUAUGCUCCUACCUGUGCUGAGUUUUGCUCAUGCCCAAAUGGCUGUUUAGAGUAAUUGGAAGACUUUUUUUAAUUUGAAUCUUGCAAAAAGCAACAGUGAAACUUUUUUCAAAAAGCAGAAGCAGAAAUCUGGGAGGCGGUUAGCCCUUUAACCCUCAAUAUCCAUAUACAAAUUCUCCAGACUGAUAGUAUCCAUACAUUUCCUUAAAGAAUCAGUAGCGAGAAUUUGAUAAAAGAUCAAGCCUUUACCCAUUGGUAAUGGUGAUUUUUUUCUCUUAUUUUCUCUCGUACUCUCGCAACCUUUUCUCUCAUCGGAGCAUGGAUCAUCUCAGGAAAAAAUUGUCCCUUACCUGGGAUUUCCAGGAUUAACUAGUAUCUGCUUCGCUUCGGUCCCAGAUCAGUGUCAAUUCUCUUCUCCUUGCGAGUUCAACUUUUAAGAGCUUUAAAAUAAUCAAACAGAUCACGAAAAUUUCAACGUAGGAAAUGAGCAAUGAAAUAAUUCUUAUGAAUGCCGUAAAUCGUCUAUUAAGCCCCAGGGAGCUAAAUUGAGGGGGAGAGGCUUGAUAGAGACGGGGGCUUAUUUUAGGGGGGGGGGCUUAUUCAAUUUAGCGAAGAAAGACAAUGGUAUCAGUGCUCCAUAAAGAACUAUAAUACACAGUGGAAAAACUCAAGUACAAGAAGUUGGAGGUCAUGCAGCCAAGCAUCAAAAACAGAUCCGAAGUUCCAGUUGGUGAAUAAAUCAUCCUAGACCUUUUAUGGUCGUGAUUGAUUAAUACAGACUGUCAUUUAUUACUUAAGGAUAAUAAGGUGGAGGGGGCAGCUUAAUAGAGGAUUUACGGUAGAUAUAAUGAGCGGUAAACGACAAGCAAUGAUAAAACAUGUUCGUGAAAUGAAAAUUAACGUUUAGCGUUAAACAGGCCGUAAUCGUUAUUCAACCCUCUCUUUUAUCCCUGGCUCGCUCCCCGAGCCACUCGCCGGCAAGAUGGACCUUUAUUGCCAGCUUAGGGUAUCUCUUGCGUUUUUCUGCACAAAAGAAAUAUUUUCUUUCGGCAAUUUAUGACAAAUCCUUAAUAACGAAGCUUGUUCCGUUAUGAUGGCUGGGUACGAUUCAAUCUCCUUUUUUUUUGCGUUUUUACAGAUUUGAAUGAAAACGGAAAAAAAAAGACAUAACGUAGCCUAUAGCCAGUGACUGAGAAAGGUUGUUCAAUAAAGCAUAUUUAAUUGUUUUGUUCCUUCUUGUGUGAAUUUUCAGAAAGAACUAAAGUCACUUCAAAAUGGUCGAGGUUGUACGCGAACGAGAGGUUUGGUCUUCAAAGUGUGAUUUCGUUCUAGCUUUGAUGGGCUGGGCCAUAGGCUUUGGUAACUUGUGGCGGUUUCCCUACCUGUGUUUCAAGAAUGGUGGAGGUAUGUAAGCACACGUAUACUCUUACGGCUUUUACCAGGCCCAGCCACCGAUAAGUUUGCAAGAGUUAAACAGCCCAGACCAGACACUUAAAUAAAAUCAGUACUGUUGCUACCGCCGGGCUGCCACUACUUCUGCUACUACUACACAGAGGGUCAGCUGAUUAAAAAAUGUUAUCUGGCAUUAUUAAGUAGAGUUAUUUACGUACUAAGUGCCUUAAAUGGAAUGACAAUACAGUAAACCUAAUUUUACAACCGAGAAGUGCAAGAAACAAAUUAAGUGACAAGAUCAUCAGAAACACACCUGCAGGUUCUUCCUUGUGCCUUCGGCUAAGGACAAUAAACCGUAGGCCCCGCCUUACAACCAUUGCAUAUAUAAAUUCUGUGGGACGUUAAAGCACCCACACACUGUUCGUAAAGAGUAAGGGACGUAGUCCCCGGUGUGGUGGUCUAUCUCUCACGGGGCGAAGGACUGUUACGGGCCCGCAGUAAUUGGCGUCAUGCUGUCGCGGUGACCCUGCCAAUAAUUGGCGAAUCUAAUAAAAUCAGAUCAAAUCAAAUAUUUUGAUUUGGAACACAAACCUUCCUGUUUUUUCUAAUUCAACGAAGGUUUGAAAAAAAUCUCGGAUUCUCGGAGCUCAGAAAUAAAAGAUUAACCCCAGCUUUUAAUUGGCAGGUUGCUUUCUCAUUCCCUACUUCAUUUGCCUGGUUGUGGCUGCAGUGCCAGUCAACAUUCUGGAAGUUGGAUUGGGCCAGUUUUUGAGCCAAGGAGCAAUUACAGUAUGGGACAUAUGUCCACUUGUUAAAGGUAAAGAUAUCCCCGUUAUAUCUGCCAAUAAUUAAUAAUUAAUUCUUAUCUAGCUGGUCUAAACACUAAAAGCCCAACUUCGAAAUGUGAACGUCGGCCCUAUUGGGUAACCUUCGCAAAAUAAGGAUUUGUAUUGGAAAAAACGAUAGUUUCUGUGACUUAAACAAACGGCUUCCUUUAAUACUUAAGUUAUUUGAGCCCGGUUGUUCAAUCGUUGGAUAGUGCCAUCCACUGGAUAAAUUACUAUCCAGUGGAUAAGUAUUAGGACUAACCAAUUACGUUAUCUAGUAAAUAAAGAUUUAUCGAGUGGAGAGCGUUGUCAACCUUUUGAACGACUGGGGCCUGUGUUUUUCUUCAGGUGGUCCUCGAGCCGAUUGAUGGAUUGGAACCGAUUUGUUCUCUCUAUAUAUCCUUUCAAAAAACCAGCAUAUUGGUUCCUGAAUAAAACCCGCCAUAAAAUGGGCGCUAAUCGGGUAGAGGACCACACAAUCCACUUGACAAAACUCACUUGAUAAGACCGCACAAUUUAUUCCCGUCUUGCAUUACCGUUGAUCUCAAUAUGUCCCUUAUUUAUUUAUUUAUUUAUUUAUUUAUUUAUUUAUGUAAAGUUAAUUAUAGUAAUUUUUGCAUUAGGUUCGACACGUGAGAAGUUCGACGUUUGGAACGAGGUCGCUCCAUCCACAGUCGAAAUUCCCAUGUGAGCCACUUGAUUUUAAAUCAUGGUUCGACCCAAAUUAGAUAAGUCGGACCUAAUUGAUUCAAACGUCCAUCUCUUCAUGUACUCAAUGGGCCUUUUUUUCACACGGCGGCCAUGUUGUCCCGAGAGACUGAAAAAGCUUUGUUUUACCACCCUUGGGAGAGAGGCUAGGCAGGUAAACCAAAGCUAUUUGAGUCACUCGGGACAAAAUGGCCGCCGUGUGACAAAGGCCCAUUGAAGAGAUUCAAUUAGGUUUGGUACAUGAAAAGUUCGACGGUUGAACUUGGCCCAACUUGACUAAUUGAUAUCUUUUAUUAGGUAUUGGUUAUGCAAGUAUAGCAGUCCUUCUCUGGAUCUCUAUCUACUACAAUGUGAUUCUUGCCUGGGUCUUGUUUUACCUGUUUCACUCGUUUCAAUCGAAACUUCCUUGGUCCCACUGCAACAAUGAAUGGAACACUCCCAACUGUGUGGAUAAUGCUGAAGAGGGUGACAACUAUGGAACGCUGAAUAACACAUUUGCAAAUGUUACCACUCUUUUUAAUCUAACGGCAGCAAAUGUAGCAAAGCGAGUAUCAGCAAGCCAGGAAUACUGGGAGUAAGUAGCAAUUAAUACUUAGGGUGCUUUCCAUUUGCCAGAACUGAACGGCCAGACCAUUCCCGUCGUAAUGGGAAUUUCACUUUUAAUGAAAACUAUCCAGCCAGAUCAGACAAAUCCUAAAUAGUACGCACGAAGGAGAUGGUUUUUCAGCAAAACCCUCUGGAAAAAGCCCAUUUCAUUUGCUAAGUGACUGGUCCAGCUGGCCAGGGCUGACAAAUGGAAAGCAGCCUUAGUAUACUAUAGUGCCUCAAAGUAUUAGUUCUUGUACAACUGCCCCCUCCCCUCUGGAAAGAAUCGGAAACGGGACAUUUCAUCAAGGAUAAAUUUUUUCCUGAGUGGGGGAGACGUUUCGUUUGGCAUAAUAAGUUUGCGCAGGCCGGGUUAAGGAAGCAAUAAUUUCUCAUGUUACAGAAACACAGGACGUAUUUUGUGUGUCCUGAAUUUUCUUUAGAUAGAGGUGUCCCAAAGGAGAGGUUCCACUGUAAGCACAAACACUGGUCCUCUGGGUUACUCGUUUACAUCACCAACCUCAGUUAAUUUCAGGCCCUCCCUUUUCUGGGAUCAAAAUGAUUGAAUUGAUAUUGGCGAAAGAAGGUGGUGUCGUGGAAUUAUAUUCUUGAUAUUUUGGAUGGAACGUAAUGGUUUUUCACCCGUUUACGGAUGGUUCGGAUGAAUGAAUGAACAGAUUAAUUUCAAAAGAUAUUCAAUUGCGGAUAACGUAUGGGCUGGUUAUUUAAACUAAGUUUAGACAGCGUUUAUGCAAGUCAUCAAAGUCAUGAAAACCGAUUAUUCCAACGACGUUCUUCCAUAACCUUGUUUAGACCGUGUCUAAACACCGACUAAGGAACAAUAGAAAGUUAAACCUGCUUACAGGAAGGUUUAAACCUUGUUUCAGUGACUAACCUGAAAUAGACGGACUACUGCGCAACAGAGGGUUCAUAGAACUGAAAAGUGACUGAGCCAAUCAACGUACAGUGUAACCUCGAUUUAACGAAAGGCCAAGGGACUGGCAAAAUGCAGUGUCGUAGCAAUGUUAGAUUAAUUGGAGGGGGCCAAUGACGAGCGCGGAAGGCGCGAGUUGCUAGGGGGGUCCGGGGGCAUGCUCCCCUAUUUUCUAUAGGGUCUCUGCAAUAGCAUUCCAGCCUUCAGAGAGCAUUAAUCUCGGAGGGUUGUCCAAUACUCCGACAAAUUUAUGAAUGGCAUUGUAUUGUAUUGUCUUUACAUUAAAUACUUUACAAAAGCAUAACAAUAAAGAACGAAGCAAAACAAAGAGAAAUUUAACAAAGCCAUGCAUAAAUUUGUUGGAGUAGUACAAGUAUGACGAAGUCCUCGGUGAACGAUUUUCUUGACUCCAGCCAUAGUCUAGACAUAUGGAAAAGACCCUCGAUAUAACGAAACCCCGAUGUGGCGAACACAUUUCAGUGUCGUAGCAUAGGGAGGGGCCGGGGGGGCUGCCCCCCCCCCCCCUAGGAAUUUUGACAGGCACGUUUAAUUUGGUCAGAGGCCACGCUCUUCACGCUGCUCUUCGGUUCAAUGUGUUCAUUAUCAUUUAUUUCUGGCUUCAACAAAGAAAAAUUGCUCGAAAUUAGACCUCGUUAUAUCUACAUUGUAGGUUCCACUGUAACAUACAAAUUCAUGUUCAACAAAAUCCGCACCGGCUUAGGGUAAGAUUUUACCCUUUAGAAGAAUUUGAUGACAAAGGUUUUCGAUCGUAAUUUCGCCUUAGAAAAGACUCGGUCACUAACCUGUUGAACAUUUUGGAUAAAGAUCUAUCAAAAUUCUACAAAAGAGAGGUCUGCCGCUUACACUGUUGCUCAGUGCAAGUUUUUAUUGCUUUGAGAUUUUACAUAAAACUGGUGAACUUUCGAGCGGGUAUUAGCGAUUUAUUAAAAUGUUUGUAGUGUUUCUAUAUUUCCUGUAUGCACUGAGCCAUUCACAAGGUUUCAAGGGCUAUCGCCAAACGAAAAGAAAAUUCCAUGUCAUUCCUUGAAAACUUGACAUAUACAAAGAGAAAGUUUUAUUUUAAGGCGCGUUCCAAAAUUACUAUACUCCUGACUAUCCUUCUUUCAUGUCCUUUAUCGUGACAUUUGCUUCUUUCCUGCGAAUAAGUUCAACAUCACUAAGAGCUUUUCCUCCACUAGUUUUUCUUGCUUCACGACUUUGCAAAUCGUGUUCUUUCUUGGAUUGGAGUUUCAGCCGCCUCCAGUUUCCUUGGAUCUGAUUCACUUCCCGCUUGAUACCGUUUGGAUUUUGAGAGUUGAAUUUUAGCAACGUUUUAUUGUCGUUUCCUUUAUUUUUUUGCUUCUGGAAAUUCUCUUCGCAAUGCCGCCAUUAAGUAAUGUUUAAUAAACGAGCGGGAGGGUUUUCUCGGGGUACAAAGCCACUCGGCUUCGCCUUGUGGCUUGAUACCCCGAUAAAUCCCGACCCGCGAGUUUAUUGAACGACUUCAAAAACAUUCCUGGAAAAGCGUGUCUCAAUGGAGUUGAUAACAAUGACUCUUUUGUGAAAGUUGGAAAUUAACAUACGAAAAAAACAUUACAUAUAAAAUUGUUAUGUAAGAAAAUCAAAUCUCACCUGUGUUUAGAAAUUGUCCAGUCACCGAAGAGGACAUAGCGUUUUGUUUCAGAGGUUUUCGGAAGCCUCAAAAUGCCGAGGAAGAGGGGAAGUUAAUUGAAAAUGGUACCCCAAAGCCAAGUAUUCCACUGAAAAAGUAUUGUUUGAAGAAAUUUUUCUGCAAUGGCCGAAUGGUAGGUAAACGAAAAUCCAGUACUCGAGCCUUGCGUUUUCAUAGCUGGUAAGUCUUGUGUGCAAUUUUUUGAAUUUUUUACUCCCUAAAGUCUCCUUUCCUGGGUUUCUGAGUCAUUCAGACAGGAUAUUGGAAAGUGUUCUAUUUGGAAUUUUUCUUCUUCGGACUUAGUGGCGAUGACUUAAGGAAUAAGAGCAUAGAGGCGUAUUAAGUGCCCUCUUUUCCUGAGCAGAUUAUGUGGAGGAAAGACAAGGUCACCGGUACUUUUCUCUAUUUCUUUGGGACCUACGUAUUUUCGCAUGUUUUUUACGUAUAUUUCGGUACAUUUUUUGUCUAGCUGUUUUAAAUCCACCCCCCUGGAUCCGCCGCUGUCUUUAUUUAUAAGAAACAAUUAAAUUGAUACAAUGCACAAUGUAUGUGGUGUCAUACAAAAAACAACAACCUGAGUGUCAGCAAUACUCAGCGAGGAAUUUUCUUGAGAGCUGUUACUGGACAUACUGGAAAUAAAGUUUGUAACCAUUUUCUUUCUCAUUUAUUAGCUACAGGGUUUUACGACUUUCUGACGGUUUGGGGGAGCCAGGGGCAGUUAACUGGGACCUCGCUUUGUGCCUUCUGCUUUCCUGGAUCCUUUGUUUUGUGUGCAUCGUCAAAGGAGUAAAGAUCAGUGGCAAGGUAUUCAAUGGGCCAUAACUUUGUAAAAGUGUUUUUAACUCUAUCAUUAAGAGCUGUUAUAGUACUUUAGUACAUAUGUAACUACAAUACAAGAGAACGAAACAUAUAUUUUCGAGUUAUCCACGAAAUAGGAUUCAAUGUUACUUGACUUGAUGGCUUCUGGAAGAUCAUUCAUGCAGAGGGCGAGGAGUAGGGACCUAAAAUUGAGCCCUACGGACUGCCAUGGGUUAAUGUUAGGUUUCACUUUGGACUGGGGCUUUAAGCCUCAUUCUAAAGGAGAUUGUAAAGGGAUCAUUAUGGUUGUUUUUUUCGGGGGGGUAUUGGUAGAGAAAGGUAUCAUGACACACAAACCAGAUGGUCCGCUAAUGAGCUCAGUUUUGAGCGGCCAGUUUUGUUCAAACUAAAAUUUGUCGGGAACAUCUUUUUAUCUAAAGGCAAGGCUAAAAAGAAAAACUGAUAGGGCCAACAAAUCGUAGUUUUUGCAUGCUGUCUCUCUUUCCAAUAUGUUGUUUGAAUGGUACUUUGGUAUAGCGUUGCAAUCUAUCAGCGGCCGCUGUUUACAUGCUUAGAUCUGAUCGUGAAGAUAUUUGGAUAUAUAUACGAUGCUUCUUUUUUUAAUGUAUUCUUCAUUUGUUACUUAUUAUCAAAUUAUUCGUUUAUCGCUGUGAUCCGUAUGUUAUUUAUCUGCUAUUUUUAAUUCAUUUCAUUUGUUAGAUUGUCUACUUUACUGCCACGGCUCCUUAUGUUCUUCUACUGAUUCUCUUAAUCCGUGGCCUCACUUUGCCGGGAGCUCUGAAGGGGAUAAUGUUUUAUGUCACGCCCGACUGGUCGAAACUUUUGGAUGGACAGGUUAUAUUUUAGAAAAUUCCCCCAAUUUACUCGAUUAAACGGCGCCCUUGCUUAAACGCUGCAGAUAGGAGCAAUGAGAACAACAUUACCAAUAAACACCGUUCUAGUGAAUAAAAGUCGUGUCAGAAACGAUGGAAAUUCAAAAAAACACCAUUGCGUUUGAUCGAGUAAAUACGGUAAAUGAUCAAGUCCAAAAACGAUGUCAGGUGUCCGUUGGCCGGCCUCCACUUUGCUCAUUAUUUAUCUUUCAAAUAAAUGAAUCAUCAUCGUUAAUGUUUAUUAAUGAACGAAUCGUAUUCUAUUAACCUAGCUUCCCUUACACGUCGUGUGAAUUUACACUAGACUACAAAAAUUAUAGAGCCUUUUCCUUAUAUAAUUAAUGUUUCUUCAGUAUAAAACCUUGUUCACUUUUCUGAUGAAAAAAGGAAAUUGAAACUUUAUUAGAAGUCAAUUUUUGUUAAGAAUGCGCGAAAUCUUGUUCUCAUAGUCGUCGUCAUCCUCGAAUCUAAAGUUCUCUAUUUAUUCGUCCCAUCGGCUUCAAUUCCUAACCAAAUCGUUUUAACCGUUUCUUACAGGUUUGGCUUGACGCGGGUACUCAAGUGUUUUACUCAUACGGUGUUGGAAUGAGCACGUUGUUGACACUGGGAAGCUUUAACAAAUACAACAACAACUUUUACAAGUACAGUAUUUGAUUAAAAAAUGUCAGGAGCCUAUCAAUGUCAGGAGUCUAGGUCAUAGGUUCCUGAAAGUGUCUAACAUCAUACCGUGACGACACGGAGACCCAUUCUCUGUCCGUGUGCCCGUUGUUGUUAUUGAAAUUAGAGCAUUGAUCUUUUGUACGAAGAAGUACGGAUAAACAUUACGGUGGCUACAAUUUGCUCCAAAACACAUAUUUGAAAGUACGUUUUUCUAUAAAUUGCAAAAGACCGAUGCACAGAUUCCUAUGACAAUGACUCCUACACCGAUAGAGGGUGGUCUGUCUAUGCUUAGACUAAUCAGCCUUACACACCCACGAGUUUAGCCUGUCAACACUUUAUUUCAAAGAUGUGUUAUUUUUUCGGUAAGUCGGGGAGAGGACUUAUCUAGGAAGAUCGAAGGGCCUCUGCUCGCAGGGCAGCACCUAACAGUUAUUGCUAAAAGUAUGCCUCAUUGUUCUUGAUUUUAAUUUUGCAGAGAUUGCAUUUGGCACGCAUUUUACAACAGCGGAACUAGUGUUGUGGGUGGAUUUUUGACUUUCUCUGUGUUGGGUUUCAUGGCUACAAAUCAAGGAGUAGAUGUUAAAGACGUUGUUCAGUCAGGUGAGUGUUUUUCUGCAGCUUUUCCUCAUAAUAUACCUACCAGUUGUUGCAUUUUUGCAAUUUCUCGCCCCAUGUAAGGGAAUCCGGAAUUCUGGGCUUUGGAAUCCGGAAUCCAGCACUAAGAAUCCGGAAUCCUACUAAAGAUUGGAAUCCGGAAUCCAACUUACCAAAGAUCCACUCCAGAUUAAAUUGAGCUACUCGCUCGAACGAAAAACCAUCUAUGGAAAGCCUCCCCAAGGGUAUAGACCUGAACGUGACGACAUAAUAUCAGCAUAUCUGGUGUCAAAACAAUAGUUCACGAGCUCCAUAUGAAAGGUCGAGGUCACGGUCACAUGACUAAUGUCCUACAAUAGCGAGGGAACCCUUGCUUAUGAGCGGCUGGCAGGAUCACAAAAUUCGGGGGUUUUCAAGGGAACACAGCGCUGCCUUUUUAAGGUAUAAAUUGAAUUGUUAUGAAUAACUUCAACUUCUGGCUAUGUUUGAUUCUCUGUUGUUCACUCGCUUUGCUGAACUUUAAAAAAUCAAAAGCGAUUUUAUGCAAGCUUUUUGACCUAGCAUAGGACUGGACCUGCGGUGGUUCGCAAUUGAAAAUAAACGCCUACGUUCAACAGUUUACCUAAACAGAAAAAAAAGAAAUUUACAGUCUCCUAGUGCCUAAUUUGGUCCUAGUAGUUUAGCGGAGAACAGUUUCAUUGAUUCGAUAAUCUUUAUUUGAGAAAUAACCCAGGAACUGUCAGAACCGUACCAGUCAGCUGUCACUAAAGUAAUCACGUACAAAGACAUUAUGGGAAAGCACAAGUAAAAACAAAGGGCUGAGAGAGAAAGGUACCUGUAAUACUGUGUUGUGAAAUCAUACCAAUUUUAGCUGACUGCGAUAGAUCUAAACGUGCCAAAGGUAAAGCUGCAUGAUUUUUCGUUUGUGUCGAUCUGUGGACUGUACUGAACGUGGUGGCAAGCAAGUCACAGGUUGUAUUCAAUCGUUCAUGUUGCCAUGGAAACCACGAAAACGUCACAUUUGACCUCUCAAUCAAACUCUUUCAUCAGUAUAUUUUUACUUUCCAAGUUUCAGCUUGUGAGCUGCAACCUUUCUCUUGCCUUGAUUUGGCAAAUGACGUAUACUCACAAACUGCCAAAACUGUGUUCAGCCACCUUAAAUGGUUCAGCAACAGACCAAGUAACAGAUAGUUUUGAGCUUGCAGACUGUCAAGAGUUAACUUUUUUUCUUUAUUUUGACUAGUCAACAACGUCGAGACGUGACAGCGUAAAAAUUUAUUUGAUCGAUCAACGUGGUCCGGCCACUGUCCGAAAUUUAUUUUGAGCCAUGUUAUCAUUCUUAGACAAUUAUGUGACACACAACUUUAGUCACUUCAGGGCCGCACUGACAGGGACAACACUUUUGUCAGCUUGGAGCCCAAUUUAAUCUUCUGUAGUGCUCUUUUUGUCAAUCGUUUACUGAGUAUAUAUGCUUAUCGAGUCCUAGGAGAAGUGUAUUUUAUUGUAUUUGGCUAAAAUUCGUGUCUCAUGUGUCAUAUGAGAAAGUGUGAAAGCAAAUGCGCGUGUUCUACAGCUUACUGUACAUGAGUCUCUAUAAAUGAAAGUUUUACAAAAGAGCGGUAACCGAAUUUAGUUUUUUGCGCUAUGACAACGAUUCCAAUAAAAAGUAGAAAGAGAACAAAAAACAAUGUCCAAAUACAUGUUAAGAAACUACGCUUUCCUUCGUGAUAGUUUGGAGGUGAUUAGCGAUUGGCGGCUUUUAACGCUUUGUUCAAUUCAAUUACUUCGAAAUACUGUUUUAAUGUUCCAAAAGAAUUUGCAAACAUUUUUCGACGUAGCCUGUUCCAGGCAUUCGGAUAGGACAAGGAAAACUACGAAUGACGACAUACAAACAAAAUGAACCUUCUAUCAUAUUAUUAGUGGAUAGCAAAAGACUUGAUUAACCUGCGCUGCUUUAUGAUAUGGCAUAGACAGGAAAAAUUGGUUUGGAGUUACACACGAACUUUGUUAGGCCGUUUUCUUGCAAAUUGCAGCUCGAUUUUCCCUAGCAAUGACUGUACCUUUAUGCAGCAAUCAAAUGAAUAAACGUGGAUAUUUAAGAAUGAUUUGCAAGAGUUCUUUUGUUUCUGUUAAUUAAGCAUUUUUCUAUCUGCAUGACUGAAAAUAGAGUUCGCAAAAAUAGAGUUGUGAGGUCAGUCUCACUCUCUACUAAUCGCUAACCAGCUCCGAGAUCCUCAAUCCUUAAUUAUAUGGAGAUUUGGAUUAGAUUAAUCGAAGGACAAAAUUUAAAAUUGCGAUGUCGGUGUUUCGCCACGUUUUUUUGCGGUGAUGCGGUGUUUGUUAUUUUCAGUUUCCGCGGUGUUGCGGUGUGGAUAGUCCCCCAGUGUCUCCCUCCUUAUUAUACCAUAAACCCUUGCGGAACUGUAAUACAUUCAACCCGUAAUUUACAAAUCGAAAAAGAAAACAAACUUGUUAUGCAUUCUAACAACGUUACGUCUUUCAAUAUAGCAAGAUUCGAACACGAAAACGACAUGCAAAGAAAAGUAUUAAAACAGUAAAAAAUUGGAAUCCAGCCCUUUUUGGAAUCCGGAAUCCACUGUGCUGGAAUCAGGAAUCCAGUACCCGGAAUCCGGAAUCCACAGCGUGGAAUCCAGAAUCCAAGAAUGUCCUGGAUUCCCUUACAAGGGGCAAAAUUUCACCGAUGAACCGCAGAGAUGGCGUCUGUACAGAUGAUAGAUAGAUUUCGGGUCACAUUUUCUCAUUUGCCGUUAUUCUGUCACUUUCGAAAAUAUAUGUUGACUAAAAUACGAAAUGUCAAGUUCAUAUAAAAAUACGUAGAGUCACAAUGUUUAUCACCUCUGGUUUUUUUUAACACGUGACCAAAUUUUUCCUUCAAUUUUUGUUUACUGUUCGUUAUUACCACACGAAAAUCAGUAUACUCACGCCAGUCUUUUUCAGAAGAGACUGCUCUUCAUUGAGAACUUCUCAACCUGAAUCUGACGUUUGUCGUUUGCCGUAAACGUAACUCUUGAUUAGAAAUAAACAGACAUAUUUUUGUUUAGACAUAAUGAACAGUAAACUUUGAGUAAAAAGAAUGCUUUGUCUCGUGGCAGAAAUUAACGUUUGAGAUUUCUCCUAUACGUGAUUUUAAAUCUCUGCAAUAGCACGCCCAGCUAGCGUCAAAAAAUGAAGAAAAGGUCUGUGCCUGUCUUAAAUGUUGCACUGAUGGAAAGCAAAGCAAGGCAAUCUUUCCAGAAACUAAACUUAAAAUGCUAACUACCAUAAAUGAAAAAUUAUUUUGAAGCAUUUUUUUUUUUACUAUAAAUUUAUUGUUAAAAGAUUCCCUUCAAAGUUUUUAGAAGUCAGGAGUACCUUGACGGCAGAAAUAAAGAAAAAUCGACGACUAAGAAAAGUUGUUACCACAAAUACCUUAACUCACUUGCUUCCCCAGUAUGUGUUACAAUACAGUGUUUUUAUCCGUCUCUAGGUCCAGGCCUUGUUUUCAUUGUUUAUCCUGAAGCAGUUGCCCAGAUGCCGUUAGCUCCUCUGUGGUCCGUGUUGUUUUUCUUCAUGUUGCUCCUGAUUGGAUUGGACAGUGCGGUAAAGUGAAAGAAACAAAGCCAUUAAUAUAUAUUAUCAUUUCCUGAUUUAACUAAGGCUUAGGGUUGAUUGAAUUAAAGUGCUACUACAAUCAAGAUAGCUACCUACCUGACGUAGAAAUUGACAUGAUUGUGGAUAUCCUCAUACGAUGAAGGGAAAUGGCUUUUUUUUUUUCGCAGUCAACUUUCGUCCGCCACAAAGUUUUCAUGUUCCCCUGCUUGGUUUCCAACGCGCAAUCAGAAUUCGCGGGAAAAACAAGUGACGUCAUUUUCUUUCCGCACUCCGGUGGCAAGUAUAUUUUUACUCACUUCGAUGCGCUUUUCUCGCAAGCUCACGUAUAAAAUCAAGCGUUCAAUUGAUGGUAGGUAGUCGCCGUGAUGUCCCAGUUCUAACAACCGCUCUUAUCAAGUGGCUGGAAUGGCAUUGUCCUCAACAAUAACUUUUCCGUAGCUCUAUUAAUUUACAACGAAGGCGACUUAGCUUGCCUAAGGAUAGUUCAUAGCGUGAGCAACGUUUUGGCAGAGAACCUGCAAACGCGUGCGGAGAAUGGGAUGACACGUUAUGUUUCUCUCGCGCGUAGAAACAAUUUCGCCACCCGCGCAGGCUGAAGGAGACUCCGCAAGCAGGGUACCAUGUUACCCCCCAGGACUAAGUUUUACAUUUGCUCUUUAUUCCAGUUUGUUGACGUCGAAAGUGCGAUAACAAGCAUUGUUGACAGGUUUGCUCAUAAACUACGUCGUGGCCACCGUAAAGAACUCUUUUCUCUUAUUACUUGUUGUUUGAUGUUUCUUCUGGGGCUGUCCAUGGUGACUGAGGUAUGCAACGUUAACUCAGAAAACAAUGUUAUUCCAUUUUCAAUCUCGUCGAUCGUGUUUGAUGGAGCUUAUUGGAGUUCUUCAGCACAGUGAAUUAUCCUCUUACGGAUCAGACACAUCCAGCGUGGUGUUCUUUAACAUCCUUCAGUUUACCGUCAGAUAGUCUCCCUCGCAGUCUUUUUUUGUCUCGUCACGGCUGUAGGGUAGCCGGCGAACGCAGACGUAUUUCCGGUCGUCGCUUCUGUCCACCCGAAAAGCAGGCUGUCCGAAAAACCGAAAAGUAAAAGUCAGAACUUACGCUUCGGGUGGAGAGGAGUGACGACCACAAAUACAUGUGCGUUCGCAGGCUACCGCGAGGAAGGUGAUAAGUAAGGAGAGCAGAGACAUCUUUUUCUGGAUUCGAAAAGUCUAAGAUAACAUCUCUUUAGUGUGCAGGAAAACAUUCAUGAGAGCACUAGGAUCGCUAAAAAAUGUUUACCAAUAGCAAUUACUAUGCCGAAAGUUCAAGGAUAAUUAAAGAAAUCAUUGUGACAACUAUGUUUGAGAUUUAACUUGUACUCGAUGCCUGGUAAAGGUGUCAAUGGCUUGCGAGCAAACUCUCUGUGGCGCUCUGGCGGCGGGGCAGGAAAAGGAAGGAGAGCUUGCAACUACAUCUCUCUGGAAUUUGAAUUCCACCCCCAGUUGCCCUGUGGCUCCCCGUCGACUGAGUUGUCAGAUUUCCGCCAAUCAGCGCUAAGCGGAAACGAGUGCGAAUGUUAACAAACACGUGUUAAGGGUAAUGACGUCAAUGCCAAUGUCAUCUCCGCCAAUCAGCAUUUCGCAUCGACUUUUCCGAUGCAGAUAUUCAAAUUCCAGAAACGUAGAUGCGAGCUCUCAUUCCUUCCCCUUCCCCCAACCCCGCCGCCGGAGUGACCCGGAGAGCUUGCUCGCAGGCUAAGGUGCCAGGUACUAACCGAUCAUACACUGCCUGGGUGGGCGCUGGAUUGCCGUGUUCACACGUUUGCUUUCAAUUCUGAGGCGAUGCUUUGUAUACCACAACCUUCUGCUACCCAAACGUUUCAAAAUUGCGUCUUACAAGGCCAAAUACAGCAAUUCUGUAGAAAGUUACAUCGUGUACCCAAGGUCUGAACCCCAUUUUUAUGAUGUCAAUACCCAGGACCUUAGCACGAGAGCACCAGGUGUGUACAGCCCUAUAGUCUGAUUUCCAUACAAUCAUUGGUUUCGAUCUUGGUUUACUUUUUGUAGUCUUUUAAGUGUAUCGAAAGCACCUUGUUCUAUAUACCUGGUUACGGAACUGUUCGGUUUCGGAAGUAAGUCUGUGAAUACAAACUCAUGAUGUCUUUUGUUGUAGGGUGGAAUGUACCUUUUCCAGUUGUUUGACGCUUUUUCUGGAAGCGGAUCUGUCCUGUUGUUGGUGGUCCUCGGUGAAUGUUUGGCCAUUGGAUGGUUUUAUGGUAAGAAAAGCAAACAAAUGUUUAAUUGUUCUUACAAGGAACUGAUAACUUCCCACGUGAAUAACUACCCAUAAUAGCUAGCAUACUCGCUGGCAGGGGGAGAAGGGUGUACGUUUCCGGCUAUGGUAAAGAAAAGCGUCCUAAAUUCCAGAACGUUACAUUUUGUUUUUUAUUAUAUAGACAAGAGUGUGUUACUGGAAAAUAUACCACUCGUAAAAUUCAUAAAAACUACAUCCGGGACCCGAGUGGUUUAUUUUCCAUAAUCUCACACGUGAGUUUAUCGAUAACGUAAUUUCGGUAAUUUCCCUCCAUUAUUUUAUCGAUGUCUUUUUGUCUAUAUAAUAAAAAGAACAUUACACGGCGGCUCGAAGAUAUGAAUUUUAUUUUCUCGUGGCAAAAACAAUAUUUUACUCACUCGCUGCGCUCGUUCGCAAAAUAUUGUUUUGCCACUCGAAAAUAAAAUUCAUAUCUUCACGCCACCGUGUAAUAUCCUCUAUGUAUUGUGUUCUUCGAUCGUUUGUUACCUUUUUAGGACUUUUCAUAGCGUUUUUUUUCUAAAUGAUUAACGUGAGACAAUGCUUUUCAUUUACGCCAGAACCCAAUUACUUCCCUUCUUGAGGUUUAAUUUGUUUUUUGGCGCGACCGAAAGAACUAGUAAUUUCAUCUCAAGGUGAAAGUAGGAGUUACAGCUGACGGGACGAAAAGUACGACGCUUUGGUGGCUGGGUGAGGCAGGUUCUGAACAGACGAGUGUGCUGGAUAUUGAAGUAAACAAACCCGACCUGGAACACCCAGUUUCGUUGUCCCUGUUGUUUUCGCGCUUGCCUAUCUGCAGCAAAUUUUCGGAAAACAUAUUUAAUUUGACUCCUUAACAUUGCAUUAAGGAAAAUUAGAAACUAAAAUAAAGCUAAGGAUCAAAUUGAAGGAGCUGAGAACUCACCAAAGACAAAAAAUUUCGAAGAAAUCGCCGCUUAUUUACACAGGUGAUUUUCAACGGUCCUGAGAGCUGUUUUGCUCUUACAUAGAAACCACGCUCUUCUGACACCCACCCGUAUGUAACGGACACUAUGGCAAGUCUCCUUAGUGUCCGUAUUUAUAUUUUGGUUCCACUGCAUUAAUUUUAAUCAGUACUACUUAGGGAGGUUCUACUUAGGAAGGUGGUAAAAAUCAGCUUCUUAUCCUUUGUUCUUCGAAUUUUCUACAUCCCUUUGUUUGAAAUUAAGCCUUUUUUUGGGUUGUAUGAGCUUAAACUUUUUUUUUUGCUAUUCUCAACAGGUAGAAAACGUUUCUAUGACAACUUCGCCAGUAUGUUGGGAUUUACUAUCAAUCCCUGGUGUGGCUGGUGCUGGAGUUACCUCUCACCAAUAUUUUGUUUGGUCAGUACAACGGCGAUUUUCAUUAAUACUUGCCUGCGCAAUGUUAGUUGAGGAAACUGGUUAUUGAUGCCGGGAAAGAUAAAAGCAGCGGUGCCACAGUUCAUUUAGCAGCGGCACCCAAAGAAGGUUUCCUCCUACAUAUAUUGAAAACCCUCUACAGGCUAUCCAGAGUACUUUAGUGCUCUAGAGAUGCAUUCCAAGUGGCGCAAUAAGAUUUAUAGAUGUUCGGUCAUCCUAGGGGAACUUGAGGCUUUUCAAAAUUACAAGGGCUUCAGUAUUCUUUUGCCGAAAAUUUAGAUGCAAUUACAGAUGCAAUUGCCCCUAAUUUAGGGAGCUCUCCUUUGUUUUUUAUGUUCGUGCAUUGUCGCUGGGUCAGUUAAUGGGACGUUCCUACUGGUCAGUCAGUUUAAACUGAUAAGAAUGCUAUUAAACGUUGUGCAUGGACAUUUAUUCAAAAAGGUUAACGAAAACAUCAUGAACAGUGAAGUCUAACGGGGUCCAUAACCACUGCACAAUAAUAACUAUGGUCUGCAUAUAACCUAGUUUCAUAAUCUUGCACAGAAGCGAGAAUGCGGCUAAACAGAGAGCGUGUAAAUGUGAAGGAUAGUUCUGAACAAAGGGUGGUAGCAUAAUGUAACAUAGCAUAACAUAACAUAACGUAGUGUAACAUAACAUAUGUAUAGUGCAAGCCAUCCAGCGCUUUAAGUUCUAAGAGUGAUCAACAUCAACUUUCUCCUGACAGUGUCCACACACUAUCUAGAGAAAAGGUAAUGAGAAUUCCUAAAACGAUCACCAAAGAGAAAAUGCUUUGAUCUUUCAUUAAAUUCUCUAUACUAAUUUUUUAAGGAAAUGAAUGAAGAUCAGUCUUUAGAAUUUGUAUGUGGAUAUUGAUGCUUAGAGGGUAAGGGACCGGUCAUUAUUUAUCGCCUGGGGGGAGUGCGGAGGAUUUGGGGUUAAACAAGGUGAAAUUUAGCCGAUCCCUCCUUUGAAUGUUACUUCACUGAAUUGAUCCCCCCUAAUAACAUUUGAUGACUUUCGCCAUCCCCCCCACAAGUCUUCAUUUUCCAAGCAAAUUCGAGUGCCCCCCUCUGAAUCCGUCCAAAGUUUUCAGUGACCCCCCCUUUUGGGUUCUCAGUUACGACUGAUCCCCCCUUUUGUUAUUCUAAAAAUCAAGUGAUCCCUCAAAAUCCUCCGCAACCCCCCCUCCCUCCCCCUCAGGCGACUAGUAAUGACCGGUACCUAAGCAGUUGACAUCUGACCUGUUUCCACCGAAGCGACCGUGGUAGAGGAUGUGUCACGGUUGUUUACACAAUGGUCUAGUUCAUUUUGUUCAUAUUAGAGACCUUUACAUUCAAGGACGAGAACGACUACGAGUACGAGUAUUUCACUUGAAGUUUUUUCGCGUUUUCUCAAAAUAUAGACUCUCCGGAAAGCUUCCGGCAUUUUACCACUUUUCGCCAGAAAAGUUAGCACCGUUCUGGCUGUUUUCUUUACUGAAGGAGGUUACGCGCUCUCCCGAUCGCAAAAUAAUAAAACUUCUAACAUUUGAUAUCCCAUUGUUUCCGCCACUUUGACAUUCUCGCUGAAACUCGCAGUAGAAUGACGACAGCUACAACGUUUUCCCGCCCAAAUGACGUUGGUUCACGUGCGAGCACUACUUAAUAUUGAAAAUCCCGUACUCGUCGUCUUACUCGUCUUAGAAUCUAAAGGUCUUUAUUGUCAAUUACAGUUCCUUAUGCGCUUAACUGUAACAGCUAAAAGGGAGCUGAAACAAAGGCCUUUCUGAGCGACGCAGUUCAACCGGAAGUGGACUUUUUACGUUCCUGAGCGGUCGUUUCGCUCAAAUUUUCAGUCAAAUCGUCUCUUUAAGAGUAAAGAAACAAAGAAAUACCAAUUUUAUAUCGCCAACGCAUAUAUAGAAGGAAAAACCUCACUUCCGGUUGACCUUCGUCGCUCAGAAACGCCUUUGCUUAAGCUUCCUAUUUACUAAACUGAACUUUACAGAAGAAAUUACUUUUAAACGGCAAAAUCUCAGCUUCUCGUCCAACAAAUGUACCUCCCAGCAGGGACCGCGGAGGGGGAGGGGCUGGUAGGGUUAUAGCCCUACCACUUUUUUGCCGGGAUUUAUUUUCUAGGGCUCCAGUUGACAUGGAAAAAGUUAUCGUGGAAUUAAUGGGGUUUUCUCUAAAACGUGGAGUUCUUAUGGAAGAUUGGGAUGUUUGCUUGUCCGAACGAUUACAACCCGAUGUGCGUGCAAGGAUAAUAGGAUGUAAGACCUAAAUGGAACGAUUUGACUUUUUCUUUGGUUUGCAUCUUGGAGGGUGGCUUCAUUCCCACACCGAUAAUCUAUCUAAGGAUCUUAACAGUACCAAGGUGGCUGCUGUCAGUGGACAAGGCCUGACAUUGGAAUAUCUAACAAAGGAGAAGCUCAAAAAAAUGCCCAGUGAUCAAAGCUUCGACCAUUUCUAUGCUAAUAUUUCGCGCAAGAGCGAAGGCCUGCUUGGUAAACCAACGCUUCCACUGAGAGCGAUGCACUUCGGCCAGACUGGAGGCUGGUGCUGGUGCACCAAGCUACCCUUAAACUGCCAAAGAUCACUUUAGAAGGGUCUAUUAUGAGGCUGUUGAUCUUAUCGUCAGGGCUAUCUAUCAGGAAAGCUUCAGCUCCUACGCCCAGAUGGAGACCCUCUUGAUUAAAGCUGCUAAUGGUGACGACUAUGAGGCAGAGUUCAAGUCUUGAAGCAUCAUACAGAGAAGAUGUUGAUACAGGGGUGCUACCUGGGCAUGCAACUAAGUAUCUUGGAAGUUAUGUUAUAGGAGAAGAUAGCAUGUUUUGACGAAAUCCUGUUGGCGGUGUCAAAGUUUCCAAAACCAAGAGAAAGCCCAAACUAUCUGUAAGCUGCCUGCUGUAAAUCCUGCAACCAGCGCUGUUGACGAGCGUUCAUUCUCAUCUGCACGGCGUCUGAAGACGUGGCUUCUAUCCAGGAUGGGUGACCUAGCAGUGUUGAAUAGUCACAAGCGGAGAAUAGUCAGUAUCUCUAUAGCUACACAGGAGUUUGUUUCCUGCAAUAAGAAUCGCAAGAGGAGCUGCGGCACUUCGGGCAACUUCAAAAAGUAGCAACCUCAGGAGGUUUAUUUAACAUAUUGGCUAUAUUCGAUAGUAUAACACGUGUGGACGUCUAUGUCAUAUUCGUUGAGGUGGUAAAUAAGGUGGCGCGCAAAUGCAAGAUAAAUGGCGAAACACCGACCUGAAUGUUUCUUUAUAUUGCCUAGAGUUUUUAGCCCUACCACCUUAAAAUGGUCUCCGCGGUCCCUGCCCAGGCAUCAUAUCAAACGCUACAAACAGCAAAAAUGAACUUUGAACAACGGUUAAGCUAACAAGUUUUCAAAAACACACAAUUCAGUCAGGUUCAUCUUUUGUAUUUGCUCUGUUAUUUAUUCCUUCUUUUAAUAUUUUGAACAGUUAUUUUAGGUUUCACUCAAUUUAAUUGUCAGCAGAUCAUAUACUGUUGAAAUUUUGAUAAAUUUUAUGACAUUGCUCCUGUAACUUACUAUUUUGCUUGUGUGCUUAGACUGUGCUCGCCUUCUACCUCGUGACGUAUCAGCCACUCAAGUAUCGAGAAUACGUUUAUCCUGCCUGGGGACAGGCGAUUGGCUGGCUAAUGACCCUGUCGUCACUAUCCUUAAUUCCAACGGUGAUGAUAUACAAACUGAUGAACACCACUGGGUCAAUUAAAGAGGUAAAUAUUAAUUGUCAGUAUGUUCGAAGAAGGUCUCAAGUAAAUUCAGAAUAUGGCAGUGUACAUCAUAUCGGCGAUAAGCUCCGUAUGAGCUUAAUUUCCCUUGUAUCAUUUUCCUUUCAAGUAUAACCAUAGUGAUUGUGCACCUCUCUCCAAGUGGGCGUCGACUAUGGUGGCCGAGCACUCUCACCAAAAAAUAUUGGAAGAUUUAUGCUGCGAUGUUGAAAAAAAAGAUACAGAAAGAAAAGAUACGUUCUCAUAAAUAUGAUGAAUUUGAAAACGAGAAACCUGUGAGAACGAACGGCAAUUAAAAUUAGGAGAGGGAAAGACGGUUAGACUGCCUGUCGUUCUCACAGGUUUCUCGUUUUUAAAUUCAUCAUUUUUAUGAGAACGUAUCUUUUCUUUCUGUAUCUCUUUUUUUUUUUCAAAACGCAAAAACACACAAAUCAAGAUCGUGGAGGUCCGAUCCGUUGAUCACAGGUAUAGCAGCGAUGAGAAUACCAGCUUUAUUGGGCGAAAUUAAAACACAAUGAAAUAUACAUACAUGAAAGACAUUAAGCCCAAAAGGUUAGGUCACGAACGGGACACUUGAACCCUUACCUGCCCUAGGGGAAUAUAAAAAUUUGAAAUAUAUACCAAAAAGAUCCAAACAAUGUAAAACCUUGUUGAAAUAACAGAAAAAUCUAACUGUAGAUUCAAUUCAAUUCAAUUUUAUUAUUCACACUUUAUGAAAUAUUUACAUUAUAUAUAGUAAGGUAGGAAUACACUAAUAAAGGAGAAGAACAAGGAAAAAAAAAGAAAAUUAAUGGCUUGGGUGGAACCUUGGGUGUACGGUGGUCAGAGGAGUUUAGCUUUCGAGCUAACCACCGAGAAAAGUAAUAGCAUUAAAAAAGAAAAUUAAAAUAAAACAUGUACAUAUGAUCCAGUUAGUGACAUGGACCUUCUGGAGAAAAUGACCAUGAGCAGAUUAUGUCCACGUCAAAGCCAUUCAUUAAUAGAGACUUACACAAAUUCUUCAAAAAUGAUUUAAAACAGCUAAGAGAGGUAAAACCACUAGGGAAAGCUUUAUUUCAUAUGUUGUUCCACAGUUUUACAAAACGGACAAAAUAUAAAGUUGCAACGUGCGGGUCUUACAGGCCGGAACAGUAAGAUAACAACCAGCAGCCUGGCCACAGCGCGUACGUGGAUGACUGUUAAAAGUUACGUAAUUAGAAAUGUCUACAGCAAUGUAGCCGAAAACAGCUUUGUAAAGGAAAACGAGACCCUUGAUUUCUCUAUCGUAAGCAAGAGGCAGCAUAUCCAAGGCGAGCAGUCUUCCCCCAUAUGACAUCUGGCCUGGCUUCAGACUUAAGAUCCAUCUGGUAGCACGUCUCUGAACUUGCUCUACCUUAAGUUUAGUGACUUCUGAGCAGGAGACCAGACUUCAGUAGUGUAACAAAGGUGGUGCGUCAGAGUCGCUAAAUACAAGGACCUUCUUACUGCUACUUUAGUUAACAAGGCACAUGAUCUCUUUAGCCGGCAGACCUAGAAGUUUGUUUGCUUUUGCUGUAGUCAGGUGUAAAUGUGAGUCCCAGGUACGUUUGUCCGAAAUAACUACACCCAGAUCCUUCUCCUCAUGUACGCGCAGUACUUUUCCCGGAAAAAAAAUAGUCUUGAAGUAAACUGGCUUCUUCUUGCGCGUUAUAGAUAGAACUUUGCAUUUGUAGGCAUUAAAUCGUAUAUUAUUGUCGUGACUCCAGGAAUGGAGGUUUGUCAGAGCUUGUUGUAGUUGUGAUUUUCAGUUCGACAUGAAAAUGUUCGAAGCCUGCCGAGCAUUCGCAUACCCCGUCAUGUAUACUGAGACUAGAUAAAAGUCUUGUAAACUACUCUUGUAGUCUGUGACUGUCAUUGCCAUAUUUACCACAUCAAACUUUGUUUCAUUUUUUGCAGCGUUUUCGCAAGUUAAUUCAACCUCAAUUGCAAGAUAGACAAGAACCAAAUGAAACUACAUCCCUCGUGGAUCAAAGAAAGCAAGUAAUUGAGUGAGCGAAGCGGUAUGCACUUGUUCAGCCUGCUUACAUCUGCUGUAAUACAUGUCGUAUCUAAAGGAAACAUUUUUCAGGUGUGUGUGACUCUCCCCCCCGCAGAGGCUCCCGCUGGUUAUCCCAAUAAAAACAGCAACAAUAAAAAAAUAGAAAGCGCGCGGGGAACGAUGGGAAGAGGGAAAGGCCUUCGCGCUUUCUUUUUCUUUCUCCCAGCCUCCCUGCGAUACAAACAGGAAGGAGGAGAGAGUGGGUGUGGUAAGUUAAAGCGGAAGCAUAUAACCCCGAAGCGAAACGCUCUUUCCCAAUGCUGGGGUUAUGUGCUCCUGCUUAAAGUUAGCAACAUGGUCGUGAUUUAAAUCUGACAGGCCUGGAGGUUACUCCCAAAUAGAAGUGGCGGGGAGGCUAGUCGGAAAAUUAAGGGCGACCAAGCAUGCAAAAACACACAUCACGGCUUUUCGUUUUUUUUUUCCAAAAAUAGGGAGCUAAGCAACAGCGUUUUUGAGCGAAGGACGUCAACCGAAAGUGGACUUUUGCAUCAUUGGGGAGUGGUUUGGUUAGAACUCUUCGUUAUAAGAGAAAAGAAAUUAAGCAAUACAAAUUUAAUUUGUUAGCGCCAAGACAUCUAAAAAGGGAGAAGGCCUCACUUCCGGAUGACGGGCGUCGCUCAUAAACGUCUUUUGUUAAGCUCCCUAUUCUAUAUAAACAGUCCUAAGAGAUACAUGAAUCCGCGCGCAAAUUUAGUGACUUUCUGUAAACACCCUUAAGCACUGCUAAGGCAAGGCUGAUCGGACAGCUAUGAAUGGGUAAUAAAUUUUCCCAAUAUUUCGGUUAGGCAAAAGUAACCUUUUUUCAGUGGCUGGGUAAGAGAAAGGUUGGUUUGCCAAAAUAAACAAAAUAUUAGGAAAAUAUGUUACUUAUCUAUAGCUCAGUGGACGAUCAGUCAUUGCUUUCAGCUGUGAGUGUUAUUUUAUAUUAUUGAUCCUGAUCUACACCAACCACCGGCUUUUUCUGGCUGUUGGUCCAAGUGGUCCUUGCAAGAAUUGUUCGCUAAUUUACUAGUUUGGUCAGGGUUAAAAUUUAGUUCAUUUUGUUGUUACUUAAACAACUAAGGCUUAUCUGUUAUAGACCUUUUACUGAAGAUCUUAUGAAUGGUUCAAUUGAAACUGUAAUAAAUUGAAAUGAAAUGUAUUUGUACCAGUGAUUUGUCUUCUAGAGUGAUACCCAUGGUACUGGAGAAACUGCGCAGCUUCUUGCUCGGAUUAGCAUCCCAUUAGACCGCGAUCAGCGAGGGGUCAGACCCUCGCGCAGCGCUCUCCCCUCAAAGUCUCAAACAGACCAUUUCAACAAGAAAAAUAAGAGACUACUUGUAGUCCAUACACGGAGGUUUACCUGGCAUGACAUGUCGGAGCAUUAAUCUUUAUUUAAUUUAUACUACAAUACGAAAACAGUUUGCGCUUCUUGCGUUGGAUCAGGGACCGCGCAGCAAGUUUUCGAGUGGGGGGGGGGCUAAAGAAGAAUGCGUGAAGGAAAAUUUGGGGGGGGCCGGGGGAGCAUGCUUGUGGAUUUCUAUUCAAUUUCUCUAAAGUGACGGAGAAUGCGAAUAACGAUAAAACUAUUGAUUUUUUUCCAGAUCUUCAGUGAUGUUGCUAUCGGGUCUGAAAAUUCACCAUCACUAAAUUGAAAUAUCAUAGAUUGUUAUGUCAUACUACUGAUAUCAACCUUUAAUUACUAUAAAUAAGCCAGAAAUCCAACGAUUUUGCUUGAGCUGCCUUCAACUCAAGGCUGUAUAAUUACUAAGCAAUUAUUGCACGAGGCUGAGUAUGAUAUGAAGAGUUAUGCAGAUCGACGGGGUUAUCCGCCAAAGCCGAAGGCUUGAGCCCGGUGGAUAACACCCUCCGAGAUCUGUAUAUCUUCUUGUUAUAUUCCUAGACUUUCACUCAACUAAACAGGGACUGCCAUUGGUUGAUUCUUGGUCACGUGGCCUUGACUAAAAUCAAAUGUAUCCCAAUCGUGAUACAUUAAACAAUGUAUCCCGCUCGGGAUACAUUGCAGCACGUGAUCAAAGCAUGGUGGAAAGUGGCGUGACAGAAGGCGGGAAAAACACCGCCAGGUCCAGCCAGUUUUCUUUUUCGUGAAUGAACACAACAACACAAAAACGAAGCCUCAAGCUAAAAAGCAACGAUUUUUAAAGUUAUCCCAGAAGUUCCCAGAAGAAAAACAGCAGCUAGUGGAGGAAAAAGAUGCAGAUAAUAUGAAGAAAGUACUUUUGUUUGUAAAUCAUUCAUUCAGUGGUUUUGAGAAUUAAAUUUGUGUUGUUAUAAGUACCGAGUCGACUGUUUUGGUUCGCUCCGGUUAUUCUUUUGUUGCUGUUGAAGUGAAAGUCUAGAAAUAUAACAAAAUACUUAAUGUCAGGUCCCUCGGGAAACCAGUUAGUUUUGUUUCCCGAGAGUCCUGAUGUUUCCCUCGACUUCGUCUCGGGAAACAUCAGGACUCUCGGGAAAACAAAACUAACUGUUUCCCUUGGGAUCUGACAUUAAGUGUAUAAUAUCAUACGAAAGCCGAGUUCAAUAAUUGUUUAAUUAUUCAUUCAAAAUAUUUACACAGCAAAACAAAACGGUAACUGAAAAUAAUUUAGUGAAUGAAAAUUCAAUUAUAGAACAGAUUCAGAAAAAAGUAGCAAAAAUUAUGCAGAGUUUACUCACCAGAUAAAGAAGGUUUUCCAUUUUGUUUGGAAAAGUAAUCAGAAAUUUUAAAGAGAUCUCUUCUUUGCAUUACUAGUGGCAUGGUAUGUGAAGUCUCGUCGUUCGUAUUUAUGUUGCCGUGUACCAUGUGCACUUCUUUGUUCGUAAUAACCGCCGGAUUGAAUGUUCCUUGAUGACCAGAGCUAUUCACAAUUCUGCGGUUUAAGUACUUUCGAUGACAAAAUGUUUUUAUAAACAGACCGCGUUCAACAAAACUUGCAAUUGGAAUGCUCAACGAGCCGUGAAGCCUGACAUCAAAAGACGGACUUCGCGCUGAUCGAGCUAAAAUCAGGACGCAAAAUAACAAGAGAAACAAUAAUUUCAUGAUCUUCCAAAAAUCAAGGUUGAAACUAAUAAACAAUUUGUUUGAGAAUCGCCUUAUAAACUAAACCCAGUUAUUACUUUGGAUCGAAAUUGACCAAUUACGAAACAACACGUUUUCCUGAGAGGUCCGCAGGAAAAAGAAGCCAUUUAAAAGACGUUUACCUCUGCUAGGUUAGAAGCGAAAAAAUAUUUUACAAUUGUAACGACUAAUGCUUCAUUCUGUCGAUUUAUCCGCGCGUUUGUUUUUGCCAGUAACUCUCGUCACUUUCUAAUUAACGAUUUUUUGCUAUUUUUCACUCCGUUACUUUUGUUAAAUUAUUUUUUGUUUAUUAAAUUUAUUUUUAUUCUUGCAAAAAAAAGUGGCGGGGCUAAAGCCCCCCCUGCCCCUCCCUCUGCGCGGUCCCUGUGGAUAAGAACGCGCUAGCGGUUAAACAAAAGGUCUUAAGCAGUGCCUUCGUCUAGAAAGAGAGGUAAAACCUGGGUGUGAGUCGCACGGUUCGUGCGAGAAUCUCGUGCCAGUUCUUUGCGUCAUAGAAACACGACUUGGAAAGAAAAAACUGACGGUUUUGCAAUCUAUGCUAAACGCAAAUUUUGUCGUUUCCUUUACUUGUAAGUUGCAUAUGUUGAAAAGGAAGCGGGCAAAAGCAAAUUUAACGCCAGAAAAAUCCGGUCCUAGCGGCCGAUUGGCAUGCACGCUAAGCACGCUAGUAGGGAGGGUGCGAUACCUAACCCUUUCACUGCCAAAUUUAGCCGAAAGCAAAUUUCGAUCAAAUUCCCACAUUUCAUUUUGAAAAACAAAUAGCACCAUGUGUAAAUACAGGAAGAGAGCUUUCAUUUGAAUGGUCAUAUCGUAGGAUUUUGUCUACAGAAUCAGAAGUUAGAAUCACCUUACAAAGCUCCAUGAAACACUCUGGCAGUAAAAGGGUCAAAAGAAGGAUUGACGUCCUCCGUUCUCGCCCGUGUUAGCAUAGUCUCAUUCGGGCCGCUUGGAAGAGGGUUAUGCAAUGCUCCCUGUCCCGCAAUAUUGGCCUUCAGUUCUUACCUGUGCGGAACAUGUGUGCGUAACGGAAAUGUAACGCAAUAAUGGCGUGAUCAUAAUGAAGAUUGUGAAUUGGUUUUUAAUAGAGAGGUGGUUUUUAACAGAGUUUUGGAUUUUGAAUGACAAACUGAAUUCCUCUGAACGUUGAGGCCCGAGCGUCUAAGGAGACUAGCGCGCGUGAUGCUCGCUUCUCGUGACGCGAAAGCUCGUCAGAAAAUUCAAAUUAAACCCCUUAUGGAGACUAAUGUAGGUGUGGCUCAAACUUAAACUGACCUCUAGGGAGGAUUUCUCUGUGAUCAGUGGCAGGACAUUUUUUGUAAAUUUCGUUAUACACAGUACUAAGCGAUACCUGAAUGGGCAAUAUAUGGUAACUUUCCAUCCCAAACACCCUCUGUGAGACCAAAAUCUGCAAUUCACACCCCACAGCGAAACGACAAGCAUCAACGUUAGUUUUAAAUGGGAGUCCUCCAGGGCGUGGCACAAGCCCCUGCAUAUCGAGAAAUAUAACGUCUAGACACUGGAUAUCAAUACAUAUCGCUUAACAUCACAAUCAACAAACUAAAAACCACAUACAGUGAAACUUCCUCAAAAGACGUGAGUACUUUUCCUCAUGCGACAUGCGACAGUUUUGCCCACGGAUGGGAAAAACUGAAGAAGAUUGAAACGGACUGAAAUUAGGGUUUUUGAAAACUGUUCAGCCUAACAGUUUUUCAAAGUUUAUCUCUGAUGUUUGCAGCUUCAAAAAAAAUGCUUAGGGGACAUAUUUGUUUGUCUCUAAUCUCGUUUUUGUGAGUGUGCCCCUUGCUUUAAGUUUGUCUUACUAGUGAGUGAGCAGCAAGAAGCAACGCAAGUAUCUUGUUAACUUGCUUUAUUAAUUUCUCCGACAGGUUUGGUCACUGAUCACACAGACGUCAGUAGGGAGUAUAACAAGAUAGAGCUAUUAAAGAACUUACUUUAUACCUAAUGAUUAUGGUGAAAUCACGUUCCUGUUAGGUGUGAACAGCAAAAAACAAAAACAAAAAAUAUAUUUGCAGGUUAUAACUACAAAUAAUCCUGAGUUAUUAACAAAAUGUACAAGGUUUAUAUUAAUUUUGGGGCCAAGAAUUUAACGUUAAAUCUGUGAGCCUCAACCAAGCUACUGCUUGUAACAUUGUAAACAAAUUCGCAUGUAGUAGUUUUUCGCUAUGAAAGUUUUAACAAUCGAUAUUUUUUGUUUUUUCAUGAAAUGGACAAUAAAGAUCUCACGUAGAGGUCGAUAUGCGGUUAGAAAAACAGAAUUCCUUGUAUACUUUUUUAUUGUUUAUGAUCAAUCUUUUUUUCGAAAAAAUGAAAGGCACUGUUUUACACUCGGGGUGGUAAAAAAUUACUUUGCUCACCUCUCGAUCCUUAGGCGGUAUUUCUCCAAUCUCAGCCACUUUUACAGUGGUAGAUCCCCAAGCGUUAUGCACGACAGCAACCGGUUAAAUUGUACUUUGUUCUAUUCUCACCCUAGAAUGCAUUUAUAUAUGUCACGUGUCUCUCUGAAAGUAGAUUCAGUAGAGUGAUAGAAUCAUGUGGCUGGCAGUCCAACUUACUACCCGCCUUAGCUCUACAAAGGACCCCCCUCCCCUUAACUAAACGAGCUCUACAAGCAGGAGUGAAAGUAAAACUAUAUUCUUAAAAAAUCUGGAGCUUUUCGUCUAAAAAUCAUUUACAGUUUUUGGCCUUUUGCAAAGUUGUUCGAGGUGGUAAACUACAGACAAUUUUUUUCUUUGCUUUCUAAAACAGAGAAAUCUACCACUCGUACUUCUAUUUUAUAAAGGUUUAUCACGUAUUUCAUGUCUUUAAAGUCAACAGCAGAGUAAAUUUUGUUACAUGUAUUAAAUCAUGAUAAUAUACAGAAUUUUAGAUUAAGCGCGCGCGGUUCCUUAGUUGACCUCUUUUAAAUGUCAACCUCACUGGGAUAAAGAAAUUUCCAACAUGACACAACUUGGUUCGUUUAUCAUGAUGUAUUUUCAUCGAUCGAAACUAGAUGCUUUGAUUAUUGAUGGUGGCAAGUGCUGGUGAUUUUGUUGCAGCUCAUCAUAUAGGGUGGUAUAAAUGUUUUAGGCCAGUGACGGUGCACAAAUUACUGAUAAGAGGCGAAUAUCAUGCCUGACGGAGCGGGCAAUAUAAACUCUCACGAGUUCCGAAAUUCUCUAUUUUCGAAUCACCCGUCAAAAAUACUGUUUGCAUAGGCUGUUGUUUUCAAAUGUUCCUGAGGGGACUGGAUACUUCCAAGACAGUUGAAAACAAUAACUUUUCAAAUUUGGAGGGCAAACAGAGUGUAUAAAGUGGGAUUCGAAAAAAGCAUAGAGAGCUUCCUCUAUAGGCUAUAAGAAAUAGCAAACAAUUGACCACUAAUUACUGUGUUCUUUUAUUUACCAGAACUUUAUAUGCUUUUGUUUUUUUUUUUUUAUGUGAGGUUUUUUAUUCCCUUUUGAACAGGACGUGAACAGUCGUGGAUGAGAGGACAACAGACGUGCCCUCUUACAAUACAUUUUAACAUGUAAACAGUAAGCUCGGACGUCAGCAAACAAAGGCGCCACUGGCAGCCGCUCUCAGUUCUUCACACUUCUUCUAAAAAAAAUUUCAAAAAAAUCAAAAAGCACUUUUAAGUGACGAAAAUUAUAUGCUCACUUUUUAAAAGUGAGUAUAUAUGUAAUUCUCCGCAGGCCACACGCGUGUGACGUGUAUUUCGUCCUGAUCAAGCCAAGGCGGAUUCUAUAAAUCUCUUCUAGUCUCUCGUCCGUGAGCCUCACGUGAAUUUAAUCCAGAAAGUUGGUUUAUCGAUGUCUAGAGAACGGUUGCUAUUGUUCAUCCAUCGUGGUACAAUAAUUGAGAAUUACAGAAACGAGACGUUUCUGAUGCUAUGGGAAAUUCUGAUGGGAAGACCUAGCCAUUGGACAUCUUCGUAAGACUAGAAGCAUUAAGCCGUAGAUCGAAGCGUUAGGAAAAAUACAUCUCAAUCAAGUGACUUUGACAUGAAACAAAGGAUGGUUUAUUCAAAAAAAUAACGGAGUAAGAUGGGAAGAGUAAUCUGAGGAUAUUUAGGUUGUUUCGCUACACCGCAAGUCGUCGAUUCGCUAAAUUUUGAAUAAGAUAUCAACGAUAAUGAUCCAGCUCCAUUGACUCUGUACACGAACAUAGGGAUGUACAAAGACAACUGAAAUUGAUCACGGUUUUUGUCGUAUCAUCCAUACAGCGUCCACCCCUUAGGGUUCUCGUCUGAGAUUGGUUUGCAAAAAAAACUGUGUGUUUAAGGUAUGCCAAGGGUGGAGAGGCCCAAACCGGAAAAAUACACUAACAUAAGAUCAGAGGUCUCACUCACUCACAUAAUGUUAAAACAACCUUUGAUCCAAGCUAAGUAAAGAAUCAAAGAUGUGGUACUCAAUAUAUCGGAAGAGUGACAAAGAGAGUAAAAUUAGUUGCUGCUUUCCCUGACACAUCUCGCGUAAAAUAUUCGAAUUUCUCAACUGCAAGAAACUCGUGGCAAGCGUGAAGCUUCCUUCUCCCGUAAUUAAAGUAACAUAUAACAUGUGUUCAGUAUACUGCUAGGAUCAUGCGAAAGUAGAUACAAGGGUCUAGUACGGCGAUGAAGAAGAAAGGUUGUAGACUUUAAAUUUGGCGAUCAGCAAAGAAACGCCAGGUGUUUUUAAUACUGGGUCACGUGCUAAAACAUCUGUAUUACUGCCACGUGAAACCGGCAUCUUUAUUUGGUUAGAUGAAGCACUACGAGCGUUUAAUACUCGAGGUUAUGAAAGGCCACCGCCAGAUUGCUGAACUGGAGACGGAACUAGUGAGGUAAAAACUAACAUUCUUUAAACUAACAUUCUAAUUAUUAGAGGGUCCGAAAAUCAAAAAAAGAAUGGUUAAUUCAGUCAAGUUUGGGUCCAGUGGUUAUGAGCUUUAUGAUGUUCAACGCUCUAUUUGCGAAAACCUGGCCCGGGUUGUUCAAACGUUGGAUAACGCUAUCCACCGCGGACUGUAAAAAUAUUACAAAGCAUGCCACUAGCUGAAAACCCCAAGAAAGCCAUAUGUUUACAUUGACGAGAAUUUUUUUGUCAUGUUUCAUUUACUUAUAUACAAUUACAUGACUACAUUGCUACCAAAUUACAUAACAAUCCAGAUCUAUCAUACAAAGAAAGCAAAGUAGCUUAGUACAUUGGUCUUGCAUACUCACGCACACACUCGCACACACGGCAGGAGCACACAUUGUCUAUAAAUGUUUUAAGCUCGGGAAAGGCUAAGAAUUUCUUGCCUAUGAUUUUCUUAGCUUAAUUGAUAGGUUUUCUAAGGUUAGGUCAUUUGUCGGCCCCUUUUAUUUUGUUACAAGAUAUUGCAGAUAUUGUUUUAAAAAAGUCUGUUGAAAAUUUCAGCGCAGAACGUGACAAAACGUUCUCUAGAAUUCUCCAAUAAAAGAGCGGUUACUCCAUGUUCAUCAGGGUAGCUAACAGUUUGGAAUGGAACAACCAACAUUCCCUUGAGAAAUCCGAGCAGAUAAAUAGUUCUUUAAGUCAGCCCGAAAUUAACUAAACAGGCUUCUAAAACAUAAAGAAAACCAUUUGAGACACUUCAGUAUGACGUAUUUGGAAAUAUUCGGUCGCUGGGUGCCGCAAUGCGUUCAAAACACUUUCGAGUUAUAAUGCCGUGUUUUCCCUGAUAUUGCCACACUCAAAGAGGACACCGUCCUACGAGUUAAAAGGCUGAUUACCUCACCAUACAUAAUCAAAGCCGGCGGGUUUGGCAGCAAGUUAGUAGACAGAAUAGGUGCAUUUGGAGCAGUGAGUAUCUCUGGAAACCACAUCUUUAUGGACGUCCUGAAUGCCGAUGUCACAACCACCGAGUAAGAAAUGAUUAGACAAAUUUUUCAGCAAUUGCUCACCCUCGUAUAUUUCCUCGUUUUCUUUUGUUUUUUCUGGUUUUGUUUUUGUUGCUGGUUAUUCUUAAAUAGGCGCGUGCAUAUUGGUGUACUAUUAGUUAUGCUCUUGCUAUGCUCUUACCUGUGCUGAGCUUUGCGCAGGCCCAGGAUGACUAUUUAGAGUAAAUUCAAAGGCUUCUCUUUAAUUUGAAAUUUUAACAAAAAAAAAGAACAAUGAAAAAAAAGUAGAAGCAGAAAUCUGCAUACAUUUAUUGCGUGAGGCGGUUAGCCCUUUUUAAAUUCUCCAGGCUCGAUCUCCAUGCAUUCCCGUAAAGAACAAGAACGCUCUUAGUAGAUGUGUGUCUCGCUUGCUUGGAGAUAAGUUUUCUUGUCAAAGGCGCCAGUGCUGUUAUACUACUUUUUUGUUUGGAAUACAAAAACGAGUGUUAUAUGUCAUAAUGUAAAUACUCAAAACGUAGAAAUUGCAAGGAGAGACAAGCCGCACAUCUCAGCUUCACACCGGUGUGAAACCUUGGAAAACCUUUUCAGGGAUUUUACACUCAAAAAAUUGAACAACGAUUUUUAUCAGUAUCAGGAGUCCAUGACUCUGUCAGUAUAAGUAUAUAUUGCUUCUUUGUACCAGACCGAGAUACGGCAUGUUGAGCACUGGAAAAAUGUGUAAGUUUAGCAGAACCUUUUUCAACAGACAGCUAAUUCUGUUCACGCGUAUUCCUGCUGAAUUUGUUGUCCGUUUUCCACACCUGCUUAUUAUCUGCUUUUAAUAUCUCCGUACAGCCUCAGAGUAAAUGUUUAGAGCUGUACACAGCAUGCAUUUUAUCACAGUAUCACUGGGAUAAGGCGUUUCAUUUUCCAGCAAAAUUUCAGUUUCUCCUCAAAAACAAUCACUGACUCAGUCAGACACCGAAUUGUUUACCUGAAUUUAGCGCUCAGUACAGCGAACGGGAUUAUGUUCUGUGAAAUUUAUCUACAGUCUGCGGCCCACAUCACCAUAGGCUCGAUUUCCACCGUCUCCCGGGUCCGGUCUUUGAUCCUCCCCGAAGAGAGAUUCGGGGGAUGAGUGUGGGCUCAUUUUCCCGAACAGCGGCUGGUAAUCGAGCCUAACAUCACCACGAUUCGAUCCUUAACAGAUCCCCGAUCCACGAUUCUCUAUCACCGAUCCUCGAUCCUUGAUCCUAAUUUUCCAGUAAACCUUGAAGUUUUGCUCAUCAUGAUUAUUCUUUUUUUCGACCACUGAAGUAAUCACUUGUUCCAAAGUAAUCAAAGCUUUCAAGCGAUAGCCGAAUUCAUGGACCGACCCGUUCCGGAAAAGCUCGACAUGGGAUCUCUAUUCUAUGGACAUGAAGUGCUGCAAGUAGAGUGCGAGAUAGUCAAGUAGAAAGCAACCCGUAUAAACACAUCCGUGACACAUACGCAACGUUAGGGUGGAUUUCCACUGACGCGUUUUUGGCUCCGCACGUUAAAGCACGUAAAUAAAAUAAAGGCAAGAAAUAAAGUGUUGAGAUUAAACGUGAAGAUGAGCGAGGUUCUACUUUUACGCUUACGUGCGACCUUUCAUACGUUGCCUCUAUAUUAUUUUUAAACGUUAAUUUUACGCACGUAUGUACUGUCGCAAUUUGUAAUAAUCAUCGCACUUUGUAAUACCUGUCGCGAUUUGUAAUAAAUCCAUCGCACUUUGUAAUACCUGUCGCAAUUUGUAAUAAACCGUGUCGCACUUUGUAAUAAAAAAGCUGUCGCAAUUUGUAAUAACAGUCCAUCGCACUUUGUAAUAAACUAAGCUGUCGCAAUUUGUAAUAAUUCCAUCGCACUUUGUAAUAAUAUUUGAGAGUGAUUCAACUUACUUCGUCAACAUUAAUAUAAUCCCAAAAUAUGCAUGGUACUUCAUAAACAAAGAUGAUGACGUCUGCUAGCAUGUAACAUGACCGUAACAUUUUCUUUGGUCAAACAUUCAUUUCUUCCGCUAUAAAUUUUUCUGCCUUGAUUAAUCACGUGACUAACUAGAAACGCUUUUAUGAAAGACAUGAAACUUCCUGUGACAUAUCACCAAAAAGAUAUGAAUCACGUUUAAAUUCAAAAAUAUUUAAAUAAGAAAGGCAACAUUUAACAACAGAAAAUUCAUGAAUAACCUGGCAUUCGUCGUCCAAAUCCAUGCUUGCUUGCCACGUGACACGUGAAGUCUUCGGCGGUUGUGGGGGGUAAUCCCAUAUAUGGAUGGGCUAGAUAGGUAAGUACCGCCUGAUAGGGUAUGGUUUUUGAGGAUCUCGAGCCUUUAAUAGGGUAUCAUUUUUUGUAUUGUUGGCCUUGUGUCUUUGGUUUGAUCCUUAGAUAGGGUCAGGGAUAGGGUAACUCAAGUAGUAAUGGAUGGUUUAUUCCAUCCUUUCCAUUUUGCAGAAAAACAGUAAUCCAGAACACGCUCGGGAGAAUUGCAAGGUCUUACGAGUUGUAUAUACGCAGGGAAGGAUAAUUUUUUACCAUCCCCAUGGUAUUUACUUUAGAGCACUCCUUACAGAAAACAAUAGUUUUAAGAUGAAAUGAGUACUCCUUUUGUUCCUAUAUGGGACCAAAUCAAGUGAGAAUAAUGGACCAAAUGCCCAGCCGGCUCAGUGUAAGACCCCAAGUGAGUGUUAUGAAAACAGGUACAUACGAAGGUAUUGGCCAGCGACUACCUGGAUUUUGUGUUCAGGUUUCUGUUGUGGUUCGAAGGUUUGCCACUGGUGACGUUUUUUUUUUAUUUGCAGUAAACAUUUUGAAUCUUUCCAGGCCUCGUUUGAUUAAGUUGGCCAAAAUAUGGAAGCCACUAUUAAUUCUUUAAGAUUGCUCGUUAGACAAGAACGGUGUACCACGUGAUGUGUCAACCUGUUAUAAGAUCUAACAAGGAAAACUUGAACUCUCCUGGUGUCCUUAUUCGAAUGAUGUAGGAUGGAUGUUACGAUUAGCGGAAAUUAAAUGCUUUUUAAUAAUGGCUUGUUUGUGUCUAAUGUGUCUAGCUCUGUCUAGAUCCUCUACUCUGGCAAUGCUCUGUCCAGAGACACAUCCCCGUAUUGGCCAUAUAAGGAAGUACACCCGCCGGGUAACCAUUGAAUGCAAGCCACCUAGUACAAUAGCAAGGUUCAAGAAUACAGCAUUUCGUAAGUCAGAUAACUAAUCAACAUUAAUCUAAAAAAAAUGUUUAGGACUGUGAAUAAAGUUAAAUGUUUGAAUGAGCGGAGAUGUUACGUGCUAGCAGACGUCACCUCCAUCUUUGUUUAUGAAGUACCAUGCAUAUCUUGGCGUUAUAUUAAUGUUGACGAAGUAAGUUUAAUUACUCUCAAAAAGUUAUUACAAAGUGCGAUGGGAUUAUUACAAAUUGCGACAGCUUAGUUUAUUACAAAGUACGAUGGACAGUUGUUACAAAUUGCGACAGCUUUUUUAUUACAAAGUGCGACACGGUUUAUUACAAAUUGCGACAGGUGUUACAAAGUGCGAUGGAUUUAUUACAAAUCGCGACAGGUAUUACAAAGUGCGAUGAUUAUUACAAAUUGCGACAGUACACACGUACGCACGUAAAAAAUACGCGACAGUGGAAAUCAACUCUUAGACAGGUAGUUGAAGUUACUUCCAGUAGUAUAUACUUGAUAUCUCAAGUAUUUACAAAGUGUAACUCGACUUCACAUCUUAACAACUGCGAAAAUCUAUCAAUUAGAUACAUAUAACAAAGUGAAUCUAUUUUACCCUAGAGUCCCAGUAAUUGCGACAAUAUUCUGAAAACAUAACGCCUCAAUACGCUACAAUACAUGAUUUCCCCUUUAUAAUAUUUUCUCAUCCUACUCGGGGUAUUUACCUUUUAAUACGCGUGGAUGUCGUGCGUAAUUACACGAAAAUUAAGGGCCUCGGUUCGGGGAAAAUUACAUCAUUGCCAAAUUUCAGUCAUCGCCAAAAGUAAACCACAUGCUCAUGACAAGACUCAUUUGCAUACAAUGAAAGUCGUCACGAUUCUUAUCCGCUGUUUCCACGGUCUCCGCUAGGAAGGCCUGGCCUACAAUUUAGAUCCCACACGGAAAAAAGGAAAACAAAACAAACGCUGCAUUUUUAGAGUCUUGCUCUGCUAAAGCAAGCUCGACUAAUUAGUGUCGAGAAUUUGAUAAAGGAUCAAGCCUUUUCCCAUUGGUGACGGAGAUAAUUUCUCUCAUUUUCCCUGGUGCUCUCGCAAGCUUUUCUCUCAAUGGUGCAUGGAUCAACGCAGGGAAAAUAUUGUGAUUUCCAGGAUUAACUAGUAUCUGCUUCGGUCCCAGAUCAGUGUCAAUUUUCUUCUCCUUGCGAGUUCAACAUUUAAGAGCUUUAAAAGCAUCAGACAGAUCAUAAAAAAUUCAUAGUAGGAAAUGAAUGGAGCUGGCUUUAGAAUGAUAAUUCUUCUAUACCGUAAAUCGUCUAUUAAGCCCCCUGAGGGGAGCUUAUUCAUUUCAGACACAUUUGAGGGGGGGCUUGAUAGAGACGGGGGCUCAUUUGAGAGGGAGUGGUUAUCCAGUUUAGCAAAGACGGUGGUAUCAGUUCUCCGGCCAUAAAGAACUAUAAUACAAAUCCGAAGUUCCAGUUGGUAAAUACAUCAUCCCAGAUCAGUCAACGCGUCCUUUUGCAGUCGUGAUUGACUAUUACAGUCUGUCAUUUAUCAGUUAAGGAUAAUAAGGGGGAGGAGGACUUAAGAAAGAUGGGAGCUUAACAGAUGAUUUACGGUAGAUAUAAUGAACAGUAAACGACAAGCAAUUAUAAAACAUGUUCGUGAAAUGAAAAUUAACGUUUGGUGUUAAACGGGCCGUGACCGCGAUUCUAACCUCUCUUUUAUCCCUGGCUGGCUCCUCGAGGGGGCAAAUGAAAGUUCCCGAACCACUCUCAGGGAGGAUAGGCCUUUGUUGCCAACUCGGGGGAUCUCCUGCGUUUUUUCUCACAAAAAAAUAUUUUCUUUCGGCAAAUUAUGAUAAAUCCUUAACAACCAAGCUGUUCUGUUAUGAUGGCUGCACACGAUUCAAUCUCCUUUUAUUGUGUGUUUUUAUGGAUUUUAGUAAAACCCUCCUAAAAAAGACGGAACGUAACCCCUAGCCAGUCAUUUUGACUGAGAAAGCUUGUUCAAUAAAGCAUAUUUAAUUGUUUUGUUCCUUCUUGUGUGCAUUUUCAGAUAGAACUGAAGUAAGUUCAAAAUGGUCGAGGCUGUACACAAGCGAGAGGUCUGGUCUUCAAAGUGUGAUUUUGUUCUGGCUUUGGUGGGGUGGGCAAUAGGCUUAGGUAACUUAUGGCGGUUUUCCUACCUGUGUUUCAAGAAUGGUGGAGGUAUGUAAGCUACACGUGUCCUUUUACGGCUUUUACCAUGCACAACUAUCAAUAAGUCUGCAAGAGCGAAAUACUCAAGACCAGACACUUAAAUAAACCGAGAAGUGCAAGAAAAAAAAAGUGACCUGAUAAUCAGACACAGCUGCAGGUUCUUUCUUGCGCCCAUAUUUUGAUUUGGAACACAAACCUUUUUGGUUUUACCGGAUUAACCCCGGAUUUUAAUCGGCAGGUUGCUUUCUCAUUCCCUACUUCAUUUGCCUGGUUGUGGCUGCAGUGCCAGUCAACAUUCUGGAAGUUGGAUUGGGCCAGUUUUUGAGCCAAGGAGGAAUUACAGCAUGGAACAUAUGUCCACUUGUUAAAGGUGAGAUAUGCCCGUUAUAUGUGCCAAAUCGACAAGAUAAUUACUUAACCACUAACUACUAUUAUCUCAACUUUGAAAUAUGAGCGUUGGCACUGAUGCGUAACCUUCGAUCACUUCCAAAUAUAAGGACCGCUAUAAGGAUUUGUAUUGGAAAAAAAGAACUUGUUUCUGUGACCUACGUAUAUAACAACCGCUAAAUGAGACAAACAGCUUUUUUUAGUAGCGGAGCUCCACGCCCGCGCGAAGCGCGUGCUUGGGCGGAGCCCCAUAGCUAAGGUAAUCUACCCAUCCAAGAAAAUUUGGUAAUCACAUGACCGACCGACCGACCGUCCGUCCGCACCACAGGCAUACCAAUGUUUACUCUCACACUUUCUCGCUUUGGGAGCCCAGGAGGAAGCUGAUUGCACAUCAAUGUUGUUAUCAAUUGACAGCUCUCAAAACAGGGUAUCCGCUGACCGGUAUCACCUGACCGUAUCGCGGGCUCAGGUGUCGACCCAUCAAGGUCGAGUAUUUUUUGAAGUUAUCCGCUGACAAUUUAUUCGUUUUCAAAUGAUUGCAGGCUCAUGUUUACUUUUUUUUUUAAUUCAUAUCAAAUAUGUUGUGUUUAUGUCAGUAUCGCCCCUCACUAUCAAACUUACCUCAGACGCAAAAAUUCCGCCAGUUUUUUUAAAAUACCGGCGGGGAAGACCUUUUCUUACCAUGGUCACGUGUUGGUCACGCUCCACGUCCAAAUUUAUGCAGCAUCUUGAAAGUUGUUUACUUUGACAGCUGAAGCUGACAGAGUUUUGAGUCAACUUGUCAUGUUUUUAACUGUAUUUUUCCACUGGAUGUACAAAAUGAAAUACAGCUGCUAUCAAGAGUGUUCUCUUAUUCAUGGCUGGUUUGUUUAUUGGGUUUUUGGUUGAGAAAUGCGUCGCUUGUCAAAGCCAAUAAUCCGAUUUCGGAUGGCAUCGUUUUUGUUUUUCACCUUGCUGGAUGCGUGCAAGAAUUAUAAAGGCUCAAGCGAUCCUUGCCUUACUUGAUAGCUUUCAAGAGCUGCAUCUCGAAAUAUAGUAAGCCUGAGUAAUUAUUGUAUUUAUAUCUAAUUUCAUGAAGUCCAGCGGCGCUAGUUUAUGCACGUUUGUAUUAAGAUUUGACUGAGACAGUGAUCUGACCUAGUAUGAGGUUUGAUAUAAGCUUAAGCUUACAGAACUUUAAAAAGCCUUUAGUCGAUAUUAAUUCACCGUAAAUAGAUAGAAGAGACUUUCCGAAGAAUAUUUAGUUAUAAUUUUGGCUGUAGAAAGAAAGCUUUGAGCGAUUUUAGUGUCCUGAGUUCACCUUUGAAAACAGCAAACAGGUCCGGGAAACCGGCGGCUUAAAACAUAAACUUAAUCUUUAAGCUUACUAGUAAAGACUUGAGGAUUCUUAGAGACACUUAAAUACUCAUUUGUUUUCGUGAAUGAAAAUUGUUGUCUCUGUAAAUGUUCUACCGAAUUAUAUUUCUUUAUUGAUUUUCAUCACUUUGCCGUUUGUUUUCAGGCGUUCAUAAACAUCGCUUGCAGGAGUACUCAAAAUGCCGAGCGUAUCAAACGCUUUUUAAGGUUACACAUCGUUAUAAAACCAUGAAUAAAAAAUAGACUCAAUGAAUUCUUUAUCACGUUGAAGCGUAACUCUUUUAAAAUUUCUUCUUCUUUGUCAAAAGUUAGAACCGGCGGGCCGUAUAGGUGAUUUUGGAAAUUUUUUGAACGGUUUCGCUAAUUAAAAGUCCACGCGUGCUUCGAUGGUCCUGAAUAUUGAGUGAAUGCAAUUUGUCUUGAAAAAUUGUGAAAUACUGCAUUUUGUACGAGGUCUGUAUGAUAAAAACAGCGCCUCAUAGUACUCUUUCUCCUCAGAUGUGGUGUAUUAAAAAAAAAAUAGAACAUUGGUUUGCACGCACCCAGAUUUAUUGGCAAGAAUUUGUAAACUUGUCGAUCGCAAAAAAUUCGGCCUGAUUUGUUUUCCACGCCUUAUCUACUGUGAUCAAGAGCCAUUAUUCCUCUUAAAUUUGACCGCACAUAUUUUUUGGGUGUGCAUAUAAGGCUAUUUGUUUCACUCCAAAAUCACUUAACUUUUCAAUGGGAGCUUCGCUUUUAGCCGUGGCUAAAUCUAUAUAUUACUUAAGUUAUCUGGGCCAGGUUGUUCAAACGCUGGAUUGCGCUAUCCACCGGAUAAAUCACUACACAGUGGAUAAUUAUAAGAUUAGUGAUAAGUAUUAGGACUAACCAACUGCCUUAUCUACUAGAUAGAGUUUUAUCCAGUGGAUACCGUUAUCCACCUUUUGAACAACUGGGACCUGUAUUUUCUUUAGGUUGUCCUCGAGCCGAUUGAUGCCCAUUCCAUGGGUUUAAGUGGAACCGUUUUGGUCUCUCUCUCCGAGCAUAUAUCCUUUUAAAAAAACAGCAUAUUGGUUCCUGAAUAAAACCCGCCAGAAAAUGGGCAUUAAUCGGCUUGGAGACCACACAAUCCACUUGACCAAACUGAUUUGAUAAAACAAAAAGAAUACCUGUCUUUCAUCACCGUCGGUCUCAACAGUGUGUCUGAAUAGGUCCCUAAAGCCCAGUUCAAAGGUCGAACUUUUCAUGUACCAAACUUAAUACCUAUUUAGAUGGACCCAAAUGACACAAGUUCCACGGCUGAUUCAGACGUGGAACUCUCAUAGUCGGAACUCGGUUCAUUCUUACGAUGUGCAGUCUGUGCAGUGGUCAAUAAUGCUUACCAGUGAAAAUUAAUUAUAGAAUUUUUUGCAUUAGGUUUGUCAUCUGAGAAGUUCGGCGUUUGCCCGGGGGGGUACUCCCAUACAAUACCUAUAUGGGUAUGUGCCGCCCAACGGGGUCGUGAUUUUGAAGCUCCUGAUUUAGAACGGGGUAUCCAUUUCAGGGGCGUUUUCUAGAACGGGGUAUAAUAUUUCGAACGCAAGAAAGCUCCAGUUUUGUAAGCAGCCAUUUGAAAUUAUUCAAGGACAAAUUGCUUUUAAAAAUACGGUUCAAUGCGUUAACAAGCAAACUGUUCUAAUCUUGUUGCACCCUACAACGGAGUAUAAGAAAUUGGCUCAUUUCUAGAAUGGGGUAUCACAACCUCGUCCCCAGGGCUUUUCCCUUAAAAAAUGGGUGGGGCGGGAAAAGGCCCUGGCAUCGGCUGGUCACGUGUCCCCUCGUACACCCUAAAAUCCUGGGUGUAAUAAAUUAGCGCUAUGUGAAAAGCUAAAAUUAUGCGUAACCUCACAACGCGCGAUCUUGGGCGGCCUUUUAUAUCUCUUGACGAUUAACGAAAAGUUUUACAAGGUUUUCUUUUUGUCACAGAUACUGGCUAUGGUAAUUUUUUGCUUUCCUCCGAUUUCUAUGAAGGGGACAGCGAGCAGUAACAUUUGUAAAACUUCUUUUAUAGAGCGAUAUAAAUGACAAACAAGCUAUCGUACAUGCAUAAAGUUUGUACUGGAAAAGUUCGUUUUCGCGACUCUUUUGAUAUUUUAUUUUAUUUCUUGCGAAGUGGACCGCCGUACACAACCUAGUUCCAUUCACCUUAACUCUCAGCCAUAUCAUCAUAGCGAUACGCGUUGGUUUAGACUUAUCUUGUAUGACCUGUAUUUUUAAAAAAUUCAUUGACCUCUGCGAGACUUGACCGAAACCGGAAACCGCGCAUGAAAAGUCUCUGGCACCCAGGGUAUCAAACGACUGGUAACAAAGAAAGACUUGGGUCCAUUUAAAAUUGACAUAGCUGUAGUUGAUUCCAAUCGAUCGGUCAAUCUUCCCUUUAAUAUAAGGAAAAUCCUUUGUACUUAUCCUCGGAAGAGAAAAGAUAUAAGAGAUCUUCAAAUGUUUCAGAUCGGCGACCUGUAAUCGUUCCUGGCUGGAGGGUUGACUUGCAUCCGGCGCGGAGAUUUGUUUGUUUCGUGGUCGGGUUGUAGAGAAGACCAGACUCCAUAAAGCAUUUUGAUGAACAAUUCUAUUUCAAUUAAGUUCAAUUUGUUUAAAUUCACUGCAGAUCCUAGAGGCAAAGGCCCGCAUUUUUGUUUGACAUUGGACAAAAUCACUUUCCGCUUGAAGAUCGUACAGUAAUUCCACAGUCACGAUGAAUUUCAGUCGAAGUACUACUCGAGAACAGCUUGUCUCAACUCUGAAGCAUUUGACAUAUUUUUUACACGACAACGUAGAGCCGGUACGCCCUUUCAUAAACUUGUAGCACUUGAAUAAUACGCAAUUAAAUGGAUCUUGAGCUUUUGAAUCGCACAGACGCGAAAAUAUUGACAUACAGUUCGCGAUAUUAUUAUUUUCCAUUGUUGCUCCGUUCGACUUCUGUCAGCGCAAAACCAGCGGGUUGCGUAAAAAUUAGCUUCUCAGGAAUAUUUAGGCUGUGUACGUGACCAGCCGAUGCCAGGGCCUUUUCCGGCCCCACCCAUUUUUUAAGGGAAAAGCCCUGGGGACGAGGUUGGGGGUACAGUUUUAGGGCGAAUUCUAGAACGGGGUAUGAAAAAUUGGCCCAUUUCUAGAACGGGGUAUCAAUUUUAGGGGAAUUUUUCUUCAGAGCGGGGUGCCAAUUUGGACUCCGGGCGGCACAUACCCACCCAAAAAAUACCCGAGUGCCCCCCCCCCCGGGGGGCCUUUGGAACGAAGUCGCUCCAUCCAUAGUCUUCCUAGUAGCCACGUGUGUUGCGUGACACCCAAUAACCCUUCUAGGAAAACAUGAGUGAAACUGAGAAUAAGCAGUCACAAACUCAGGAUUGAGACAGGUAGAUACGACAAUAUACCACGUGACGAAAGGUUAUGCAAUCUCUGCAAUUGUAACAGAAUUGAAGAUGAAACUCACUUUUUAUUAGAUUAUCCAAGUUUUUCUUCGAUAAGAGAUAUGUUCUUCUCUAAACUAGAACCUAAAAUACCGUUUCUACGACUACAAUCACAUGAGUCCUUAUUAUCACAUCUGACGAAUUCUACUGACUAUUUUAUUAACAUCCAAUUAAUUUCAUUUAUAUCAACUUGCUUUAAAUUGAGAGACAAACUUAUCUCCGGAAUAAUUAAUCCUACUGAUGGUUAGAAAUAAACAAUGAUUAAUAAGCUUCAAAUUAUUAUUUUAAAUAUUUAAUUUACAAGGAAUCAAUGAUUAAUUUCAAGUAGCUUUUGCAAUACUGUAAUACUUUGUUAUGGUCAUGCAAAUAAAGCUUAUUGCUGUUGUUGUUAAUAAACAGCUGCGAGGGAGACCACUCCAUCCACAGUCGAAAUUUCCAUGUGAGCCAGUCGAUUUUAAUUCAUGGUUCGACCCAAAAUAGAUAAGUCGGUCCUAAUUGAUUCAAACGUUCAUUACGUUUGGUACAUGAAAGGUUCGACGUUUGAACUUGGCCUAACUUUACUAACGGACAUUUUUUGUUAGGUGUUGGUUAUGCAAGUAUAGCAGUCCUUGUCUGGAUCUCUAUAUACUACAAUGUGAUUCUUGCCUGGAUCUUGUUUUACCUGUUUGCCUCGUUCCAAUCGACACUUCCUUGGUCCCACUGCAACAACGAAUGGAACACUCCCAACUGUGUGGAUUAUGCUGAGAAGAGUGACAAUGAUGGGACGCUGAAUAACACAUUUGCGAAUGCUACCACUCUUUUUAAUCUAACGGUAGCAAAUGUAGCAAAGCGAGUAUCGGCAAGCCAGGAAUACUGGGAGUAAGUACAAAUAAAUACUCAGUAUACUAUCAUGCCUCAAAUAGACCGUGUACAACUGCCCCCUCCCCUCAGGAGAAAAAUCGGGAAUGGGGCACUGAUUUCUUUAAGGAAUUUUUUCCCGUGGGGAGGGGACGGCUGUACACAGGCUAUACCUCAAAGUUUUCUUCACAGCUGCUACUUAAGCCUAUGUGAGAAGAUAAAGUAAUGGCCUGAGGUCUUACCUGCAAGGCGAUGCUUCAAGUCCUUGCGCCAGCAUCGUAUUGUUUCGUUGAAAGAAACACUGCUCAACAUCGCCUCGCGUCAGAGGUGUAUCAUUAUUAGCCAUCUACAUAAUAAGUCUGCGAAGGCCGGGUUAAGAAAGCAAUAAUCUUUCAUUUUACAGAAAUACCGUUGUACAUCUAUUCAGGAGACACCCCAGGAACCGAGGCAAGUGUUCCUUGAAUAGAGGUUGGGCUGAGGCUCAUUAAUAAUUAACCAACAAAUACAAUUUUUUUAAAAAAUAUUUCCUUACCUUAUUUUCGCAAGUUCACAAGAGUUCACUAAAUCGAUUUAAGUGAGAUAAUUCGGUUUGUGAAAGCUGACAUCAUUGUGAUUGGUGUACACUUGAAGAUAUCAACCCUCUUUGUGGUCAGACAUGUUUUGAGUGCAAAAAUGGAAAAUGGAGGUCAAACCAAGGUUUCGGGACCCAGAAAAAGUGUUCCUUUCCUCAGAAUAGAGGUGCCUCAACAAUGGCGGUAACACAUACAAAGUUUAUGUGGACGUUUUUCUGGGAUCAAAUUUUGUGUCCCUUUAAUGGAGGUAUCCCUUGAAUAUGGGUGUCCUGAAGGAGAGGUUCAACUCUAAGCUCAAACACUGCGGGCCAUCUUGUUCACUCAUUGGCUGUUGUCUAGUCUAUUAUACAUCACCACUUCAUUUCAUUUGAGACCUUUUCUCCGAUCAAAAUGAAUGGACUUGGAGUUGGCUAAAGAAGGUGGUGUCGUGAAUUUAUAUUCUCAAUAUUUUGGAUGGAAAGUAAUGGUUUUUUACUCCCCUACGAAUGGUUCGGAUGAAUGAACGGGUUAAUUUCAAAAGAUACUCAAUUCCGGAUUCCCGCCGGCAAAAACGUAAUUUUUAAGCGAGAUUUGCCUAACAUUUGCAGUUUUUUAACAGUCUCUCACAGGAAUUUUCUUUUACUAAUUACCUUGGUGAUGGCGUCUUGAUGGCACCAAAACCUGAACGUUUCUCUUGCUUAUGUCAGCACAUUCUUUAUAUAUAGGGAAAAAUAAAAAAUGAUACAAUGCACAAUGUUUGUGGUUUUCAUACAAAAAAAACAACAACCUGAGUGUCAGAAAUACUCGGCGAGGAAUUUUCUAGAGGGCUACCUGCUGGACAUUACUCCCCCCACCGGGACAUUACUGAACAUAAAGUUUGUAACCAUGUGCCUUCUCAUUAGCUACAGGGUUCUACGACUUUCUGACGGUUUGGGGGAGCCAGGGGCAGUUAACUGGGACCUCGCUUUGUGCCUACUGUUAGCGUGGAUCCUUUGUUUUGUGUGCAUCGUCAAAGGAGUAAAGAUCAGUGGCAAGGUAUUCAACUGUGCCUUUGUAAGAGCGUUUUGUGCUCUGUAGUCGGCUAUAAUAGGUACAAUACAAGAGAACAAAAGAUAUCUUUUCGAGUUAUUCAGUCCACGCAGGAUUCAUGGUACCUGACUCGAUGGCUUCUGGAAGAUCAUUCACGUAGAGGGCGAAGACCAUGGGACCCAAAAUUGAGCCCUGCUGUACCCCAUGGGUUCAUGUUAGGUUUCACUUUGGACUGGGGUUUUAAGCCUCAUUCUGGCGAAGAUUGUGGAGGAGGCAUUAUGGUUGUUUUUUGGGGGGGGAAAUGAUGUUGGCAGAAAAGGAAUAAACUUAAAACAGAUAGUCCGCUAAUGAGCUCAGAGGGACCUUGUAUUGCCGGUAGACUAUUCAUUAACUGCCUGUGAUUCUAUUUAACAUAUAUUGGGACAAUCUGGACUGUUCAACAACACCAGAGUCCAAUAUUUUCCAAUUUUCCAUAUUUUUAAGCAUACACCCCCCAGUAUUUCCCGUUCAUUAAAAACAUUCAAAAAAUGGUUAUAAUAUUAAUUAUCAAACCAACGAAUGACUACGACCUUAUGGGGUCAUUUUUUAUGAAAAAAAAAAUAUGGCUAGAUUUGGAGAAAAAGGGAUAAAACGAAAAACAAGACUUUUGACCAGAAUCCCCCCUUAAGGUCGAUUUACACAACACGAUUUAUCGUCGGAAUCUGUCGGCGGCCAGUUUUGUUCAAACUAGAAUUUGCCGCGAGCAUCUUUGUAUCUAAAGGCAAGGCAAAAAAAGAAAAAAUGAUGCGGCCAACAAAUCGUAGUGUUUGCGUAUUGUCUUUCUCGCCAAUAUGCUUUAUGAAUGGCUACUUUGGUACAGCAUUGCAAUCUGUCGGCGGCCACCGUUUAUAUAUUCAUGUUCAGAUCUGAUCGGAAAGACAUUUGGUUAUAUUACGAUACUUCUUUUGUUAAAGUAUUUUUCAUUUUGUUACUCAAAUCCUGCUUUUAUUUCUGUUAUCUAUGUAUUAUUUAUCUGCUAUGUUUAAUUUAUCUCAUUUGUUAGGUUGUCUAUUUUACUGCCACAGCUCCUUAUGUACUUCUACUGAUUCUCUUGAUCCGUGGCCUCACUUUGCCGGGAGCCCUGAAGGGGAUAAUGUUUUAUGUCACGCCCGACUGGUCGAGACUUUUGGAUGGACAGGUUAUCUUUUUGGGAAUUCCCCCUAUUUACUCGAUUAAACGCCGCCCUGCAGAUAGAGAAAUGCUGCAGAUAGAAGCAUUGGAGAGCAAACUUCCCAUAAACGCCGCCCUCGAGUAAACGCCGUUCUUACUAGUAAAUAAAUGCCGCAUCACUGGAAACGCUGAAAUUCAAGAAACACCGUGACGUUUGAUCGAGUAAAUACGGUAAAUGAUCAAGUCUAAAAACGAUGUCACGUGUCCGUUGGCCGUCCUCUACUUUGCUCAUUAUUUAUCUUUCAAAUAAAUGAAUCAUCAUCUUUAAUGUUUAUUAAUGCACGGAUCGUAUUCUAUUAACCUAGCCUAUCUUAUCCUAUCCUAUCUAGCCUUUUUUUUAUAUAAUUAACCGUUUUUAUACCAGAGGAAGCAUUAUCCGUCUUGAUGGAUAAUGCGUCUAUGGCCGUUCUUAUACGCAUUAUCCGUCUGGGCGAACUUGGGCAAACAUUUGUAGUUCGUCUGGUUAUGCGUCUCAAGUAUAAAGACGAGCACAAGACGCAUCCGUCCUGUUCGACUGAAUUAAAUUCGACGUCUGAAUCCAAGUCGUGCUAGAGACGAGCUUAGUACGGCAGUAGCACGACGUUUGAAACAGGCCUAAGUGAGAAGUUGUAUCUCUGGGUCCGAAAACACAUCAAUCUGUUUAGAUAUCAGUGUUUCACAGAAUAGAUCCCCUGUAAGUGGAUAUUUUGGCUUAUUCGCCAUGUUGAGUUUUAGUACCAAUCCGGUUUUAAUACUGCAGUUCGUUUUGGCUGGUUAUGGAAGUGUUUCUGUUGAAUUUGCUUCCUUUCAAACUUUAUCGAGUCUAUCUGGACCUGCUCUAUCUUUCCAAUGUAAGCCACUUUUCCUGGAUUUAAAUUCUCAAGGACUUUGAUAACCGCUUGAUACAAGUGAGGGGACUCUCACAACCCAAUACCUCUUAAGAUUAAACACUUUAUUAUAACAAGACUUAAUCUCUUCACAAUAUUAUUCUUCUGUUAACUUCUAAGCUUUCUUCUUUAAAUCAACUUUCAUUGAUGUUCAACAGUCCUCUUUUCCUCUUCUCUUUCUCUCAAAAAACCUACUCCUUAGACGCUCUCUAUUCACUUGUUUGCGUGGCUAAUAUGUUUGCCUUAAUGAGCCUUAGGUUACAAUUAGAACAAAAAGGUUCCUACUCUUAAAAGCUAGAGUCAACAUAAAAUUAAGGAGUUUAAUGAUGUCUCAAUCUUAAAAAGCGUAUUUACUUAAAGACACACGAAAGGAGAGAUUCUUUACUUAGUAAAAGUCCUGGUGAAAAAAAAAGGAAAACGAAGCUUUCCGAGAAGUCUAUUUGUUUAAGAAUGCGCGAAAUCUUGUCCUCAUAGCCGUGCUCAGCCUCGAAUCAAAAGUUCCCUAUUUAUUCAUCCCUUCGGUUUCCAUGAUUUGAGCUGACGCUUCAAUUCCUAACCAAAUCGUUUUAACCUGUUUUUACAGGUUUGGCUUGACGCGGGUACUCAAGUGUUUUUCUCGUACGGUAUUGGAACGGGCACUUUGUUGACACUGGGAAGCUUUAACAAAUACAACAACAACUUUUACAAGUACUUUAUUUGAUUUAAAAAUGUCUAACAUCAUACUGUGACCACAGGGAGACCCAUUCUCUGUUCGUGUGCCUGUUAUUGUUAUUGAAAUCAGAGCAUUGAUCUUUUGUACGAAGAAGGACCGAUGAACAUUUCGUUGGCUGCAAUUUGCCCCAAAAUAAAGAUUUGAAAGUACGUUACGUUUUUCUAUAAAGUAAAAAAGAUCGAUGCAGGAUCCCUGUGACCAACAAAAGCCACACAGAUAGAGGAUGGUCUGCCUGUGCUGAGGCUAAUCAGCCUUACACACUCACGAGCUUAUGAGUCGUGUUUAGCAUGUCAACACUUUAUUUCAAACUUGCGAUAUUUCUAGACAGUGCUGCGAAGGACUGAGAAUCACAUCAACAGAAUAUAAUCCUAAGCUCAAAUACUCCAAUAAUAUCACUGCCCCUCAACUUUGCAUAUGGUCUAGGUGGGAAAAGCGGCCUAUGCUUAUCGUAGAAAUUGAUAACACGACGUUGUUUAAACGCGACGCAAAAGUGUCAAAUAUGGCUUAGAUUUGUACAAACGUACCUUUCUAUGCCUCAAAUGUAUCUCAUACCCUAAUUUACGAUAGCUUAGACUCCACAAGCACUUGAUUACCUUUGCCACGCUUCGCUGCAAUGUCUCAACCACACAUCGUCACAACGAUCUUUUGUGAAUCAUGGGUGAACAAAGGCGACGUUUCGACCCGCGAUACCGUCCUUUGUAAAACCGGGCGAAAUUACUCGAGUUUCCAACAGAGUGAUCAUGGUAACACAAAAUUUCGUGGUCAAGAUAAAUCUUGUUCUGUACAUUCCGCGUUGCCUAUUUCUUCCCCUCCCGUUGUUCUCUCUCCAGCUCGUGAAUCCGAUCCAGCAACUAACUACCCUGCGAGCAGAGGCCCUUCGAUCUUCCUUGAUAAGUCGGGAAGAGGUCUUAUCUAGGAAGAUCGAAGGGUAGCACCUAACACUUAAUGCUAAAAGUAUGCCUCAUUGUUAUUGAUUUUAAUUUUGCAGAGACUGCAUUUGGAAUGCUUUUUACAACAGCGGAACUAGUGUUGUGGGUGGAUUUUUGACUUUCUCGGUGUUGGGUUUCAUGGCAACAAAUCAAGGAGUAGAUGUUAAAGACGUUGUUCAGUCAGGUGAGUGUGUUUCUGCAGCUUUUCCUCAUAAUAUACCUACCAGUUGUUGCAUUUUUGCAAUUUCAUCGAAAAACCGUAGAGAUGGCGACUAUACAGUAGAUAGAGAGAUUUAGGGUCACAUUUUCACGGUUGCCGAAAUUUGAUCGGUCACAGUCAAAAAUGUAUUUUGAGUAGCAUACGAAACGUCAAGUUUUUUUAGCAUACGAAACGUCAAGUUGAUAUAAAAAUACGUAGAUUUGCAAUGUUUACCACCCCUGUUUUUUGCCACGUGACCAAAGUUUUCCUUUAAUUGUCGUUUACUGUUCGUUAUAACUACAUGAAAAUCGGUAUACUCACGCCAGUCUUUUUCAUAAGAGACUUUUCAUUGAGUUCUUCUCAAACUGAAUCUGACGUUUUUCCUUUUCCCUAAACGUAACUCUAGAUUCGGAAUAAACAGAUCAAAACUUUAUAUUUUUGUUUAGACAUAAUGAACAGUAACUGACUUUUGACAGCAACGUUGACGUUUGAAAUUUGUCUUAAACGUGAUUUUAAAUCUCUCCAAAAACACGCAUAGCUAACGUUAAAAAAUGAAGAAAAGGUCUUUGCCUGUCUGUAAUGUUGCGUUGAUAGAAAGCUAAACAAGGCAAUCUUGCCAGAGACUAAACUUAUAAUGGUAGCUACCAUAAAUGAAAGAAAAAGCAAGUGAAAUAGACCACCAAUUAUUUUGAAACUUAUUUUUUAAUUAUAAGACUUUAUUGUUAAAAUAUUCGCUCCAACUUUUUAGAGGUCAGGAGUAGCUAGACGUCAGAAAUAAAAAAAAUCGACUACUAAGAAACUUUUUCACCACAAAAUUGCUUCCGCGUACAUUCACCAUACACAGUAUGUGUUACAAUACUGUGUUUUUAUCCGUCUCUAGGUCCAGGCCUUGUUUUCAUUGUUUAUCCUGAAGCAGUUGCCCAGAUGCCGUUAGCUCCUCUGUGGUCCGUGUUGUUUUUCUUCAUGUUGAUCCUGAUUGGAUUGGACACUCAAGUAAGGUUAAAGAAACAAAGCCAUCAAUAUAUCUUUCAGUUACCCUUUCCUAAUUUAAACUAAGACUUAGGGUGGAUAUCCACUGUGGCGUAAUUAAAAUAGAGGCCAUGAAUGAAAGCUGCCCGUAAAGGUAAAAGUUGAGCGAGGUUCGACUUCUAGCUUUUACAAGCGAUCGACCUUCCAUACAUGGCCUCCGUUUGAUUUAUGCGCAUAUAAUCUACGUGCGUAUGCACGUGAAAAUCCUCCUUUAAGCGUGUUCUUUGUUGCUUGAAACACCAAUAUUUGGGUUAAUUUAGUUCAGAGUUUAAAAAGAACCUUAAAAACAGAGAUCGCUUUUGAAAUGAAGUGUUAUACGAAAAGAUUAAAAAUAUCGUGAACGGAGCACAGAGCGAAUAAGUCCAAGUGGAAGAUCUUUAUAAAGAAACGAGAGCUGAAGUAUUUUGGCCAUGCAUUUAAAAAGAGGUGAGGGCGUGGGAAACAUCAUAUUGAAGGGAAAGAUAGAUCGAAAAAGAGAAAGGGAAAGACAGAGGAGGCAGUGGAAAAGGGAGGUACGGGAUGAUUUCGACAUGUCCAUAGCAGAAGUUGGAAGAUUGGUCAUUGAUAGAAACUGUUUCCGCUGUGCAGUCAAGGGUGCAACAUCCUAUGGGGAUAAGUAGUCGGAGUAGUAGUUAGUUUGCAGCCCCAGAGUUAUCAGUAGCCUUCAAACCCCAAAACCAGGGUGUGCUGCGUAAGGGGAGGAGGGGUUCGAGCAAUGCUCGCCAAGCGAAAAGGGACCGAGAGUCCACUUGUCAUUUUCCUCUUCAUUCUUCUUUAUCUUCUACUGCUAACAACACCCACUCCUACUCUUCCUCCUGCUAACUAACUAGCAGACAGUAGUGGUUUUUAUAGUCAAAGCUGGGCAUAUCUUCCAUAUUGGUCUACAAAAAAAUGAGACAGUAGACAUGUUGGUGCAUAAAAGCAUUCCUGUGGGGAUUGAACUCUUUUCUCAUUUAAAAACUUUCUUUUGUUCCAACAAAAUGCAGAGCUGCUGACUACGUGAGUGAUCUAUAACUGAACCCACACGCUGCGUUCGGAAAUAUUCUGCUUUAAUGUUCCAGUAAAGCGUUUCUGUAAGACUAAAGCCACUUAGCAAUACAAAUUUAGAAGCUUCAUGGCAUAUCAAAAGGGAAAAGGGCUAACCAUCGGUCGGCGUGCGUCGCUCAAAAAAGCCUUUUCACGCUAAUUAACAAAUCCAAUUAGAAACUUUAACGGAAGUUUACAGUAUCCUUAAGUCCUCUUCUCCUCUAUUUAUUUAAACAUUGAAAAUUAAGCCUUUUACGAAUUCUGAGGCAGUGUAAUGAUUUCAAUGUUCUUCGGAGGGACAUAGUCAUGAUCAGUUCACGGUAACCAAAGGGCUAUUGCAUUUAAUAUCCGUACCCUUCCGGUUGAAGACGGACUGUUUCUUCUUACCCUUCGAAUAAUUCCAUAAAACUGCAUUUACCCCUGAACAAGACAUGGGAUUAGCCUCCAGGGUACUCCCUAUAAUGGCCUUUACGGGGAGGCUCCGCCCGAAAGGGGUACCUUUUUCAGGCUUCAGGUAUAUGAAAGGGUAGGGAUUUCACCAGCUGAAGUAUAUAAAAGGGUAGUGAAAUCUGUCAUUUGGGUCUUUAAAAGGGCCCUAAAUGGCUAACAGAUGAAUUUUAUGGUUUUAAGAAGUCGAGAAAACGUUCUCCUAUUGUGAUUGAUUCCUACUUAAAAGACAUUGCAUUUACAGCAGUUAAAAGGGUUCCAAAGUUCUAAACAAGGUAUGUGAAAGAGGUACCGUUUGUCAAUAGAAGAUAUAUAAAAAUCGGUACCUUUUCCGUGAAAAAGUGGUAUAUUAAAGGUAAGGGGGGUUGAACCUCGGCGUGGACCUUCCCCGUAUAAAUAUUUAUUGAGUACCCUUCCCCCCCCCCAGGAGUUUACACCCCAAAGAGUAUGGGCUUAUCCCUGAAGAUUUUGUGAAAAGUUGAUGUUGCCUUAUGCACCCCUAAAGAUUUCGUUGAGAUUUAUAGCUUCACCCCCAAAGUAUUCCAUAUUUUUUUACUCUACCCCUAAAGAAAUCCUCAAUUUUUAUAACUUAUCUCUGAAAAAUUCCAUUGGUUUUUCGUAACCAGGGGGUGCGGGUAUUUAAUGCAAUAGCUCAAGCCUACCACUAACUACUCCUUGAAAUUGUCGUGCCGAAAGUUCCUGUAGUUUGCGUACUAACGAAUCAGAACACACUGAAUUAAAGAGCUACUACGAUCAAGAUAGCUACUUACCUGACGUUUAAGUUGACCAGAUUAUUGAUAUCCUCGUACGACGAAGGGUAGUAUUUUUUUUUUUUUGGCACUCAACUUUCGUCCUCCAUAUAAUUUCCAUGUUCCCCUGCUUGGUCACCAACGCGCAAUUAGAAUUCGCGGGGAAAAAGUGACGUCAUUUUCUUACCACACCCCGGUGGCAAGUAUAUUUUCACUCACUUCCAUGCGCUUUUCUCGUAAUCUCUCGUAAAUCAAGCGUUUAAUUAAUGGUGGGAAGUCGGUUUAUGGUUUUCCAUACAAAUCCUUGUAAUUUCGAAAUUUUCAAAACUGGCAUGAAAUAUUUCCUUAAGCAUCACAGGGCUCAAAUCUCCUUUUAUUUCAUUAAGACAAUUCGAGCCCUUAAAUGCGUAAUGGAAAGAUUUAACGAGAGUUUAAAAAUUUUAGAAUUUACGAGGAUUUGCAUGGAAAACCAUGCAAGCGUGACCGGAUGGCAAAAUUUGUUUAUCUCAUACAAAUGCUUCCAACUUUCGGCGGCCGUUGCAAUCGCUACUUUUGAGAUACAGCUAUUUCGAGAAAGGUUGUCGGAAAAAGUGCACGCGACAAUCCCGAAAGGCAUUGUGGGUGGUUUUAAGUUCACUGUUCUUUAAAGAAAUUUGAAAGAAUUGGUACGAAGGGCCGUUGGAAUGUGUUUGCGAGUGCUAAAGGAAAGCAACAAAAGUAGGUUCGACAGCUACAGUCGUCAGAAACAGUGUAUUGAUCAUAUCCCAUAAUACCUUUCGGGAUUGUCGCGUGCACAUUUUUCCGACAACCUUUCUCGAAAUAGCUGUAUACGGCUGAAACUUCUCAGGUUACCUAAUUUUAAUAUGCUCUUUCAGCCUGUGCAAGAAAUUUUUCAAAAGUGAACUGUUUUCGUGUUUACCGAAAGUUGGUCACGUGAUCAAGUCAUGCAAAGAGCCUAUUGCUGGUUUUCAGCGUCACGCCAUUCAAAAUAGACCAAAAUAAAACUCAAACCCGUUCAAAAGAUACAGUCCAGAAUCUGGGAAAUGAAAGGAGCUACAUAUACAGAGACCCUCGCCAAGACUCAGGUCAGAAGAGUAUCUCGUAUUCGAGAUAUCCGAAGAAAUGUUUUACCCAAACCCAUAGAGAUUUGUAUGGAGACGCCAUGCUGGUGCACAUCGGGAUGGGCUCCAACAUGGCGGACGCAAACCAACAGAAACAUCUGUUACCGAGUUUUGCUACAAAAGCGUGAAUUUAUUCUUCGAGAAACUCAUAAGCAUUAAUGUUAUACAUACAUGAACUGUUUAGAUGGCAAAAUUUUCUGAAAUAAGUCAUUUUUUUUAACCUACAUGACAGCUUUCUUGGCCGUCAUGUAAUUGCCGCGUCACGCAAAAGCUUAGAAAUUCAAGUGUACUCUAUCACAAAACCAAGUACUCUUUUGAAGCGAAAAUUUGUAUGAAAAUUAGUUUUCAGCUGUUCUAAUGCAUCGUGAAAGUAAAAUCUCGGUAGGAUUGAUGGUUUUUUAGUUGAAUUUUAGUGGCGUCAUGUGAAAACCAACAAUUCCGCCAGCCACGCAUGCUGAACGAGACUCUGCAAGGAGAGUAGCAUAUUACUCCCAGGGCCCAGUUCCUGAAAGGCCCAUUAGUGCUAAUCCAGGCUUAUCAUUUUCUUUCCCUUUUUCUAUCUACCUUUCCGCGCAUAGCUUAGCCGUAGUAACAUUUUGUAUUAUCAUUACUGUAUCUCAGAGUAAAGGCUCGACACUAUUAAGUAUUUUGCAAGCUUGAGUUACAUGUUCUUAGACAAGAAAGCCAAGCGUAAAAUUUGGUUUAAUCCUUGGUUAAACUUAACCAUCUUUCGAAUAACCAGGCCCACGACUAAGAUUCACAUUUGCUCUUUUUUCCAGUUUGUUGACGUCGAAAGUGCGAUAACAAGCACUGUUGACAGGUUCGCACAUAAACUACGUCGUGGUCACCGUAAAGAACUCUUUUCACUUAUUACUUGUUGUUUGAUGUUUCUUGCGGGGUUGUCCAUGGUGACCGAGGUAUGUAACUUUAACUCAAAAUAAAACAAUUUUAUGCCAUUUUCAAUCUCCUCGAUCGUCUGUUUGAUGGAGCUUAUUGGAGUUCUUCAGCAUAGUGAAUUAUCCUCUAACGGAUCGGACACACCAUGCGUGGUGUUCUUUAACAUCCUUCAGUUUACCGUCAGAUAGUCUCCAUCGCAGUCUAUUUUUGUCUCGUCACGGCUGUAGGGGAGCCUACGAACACAGACGUAUUUCCUGUCUUCGCUUCUCUCCACCCGAAAAGAGGCUGUUCGAAAAACCGAAAAGUAAAAGUCAAAAUUUACUUUUCGGUUGGAGAGGAGCGACGACCACAAAUGCGUAUGCGUUCGUAGGCUACCGCGAGGAAGACCAUAAGUGAGGCGAGCAGGGACAUCUCUUUCUGGAUUCGAAGAGUCUAAGAUAACAUCUCUUUAGUGUGAAGGAAAACAUUCAUGAAAUCAGUAGGAUCGAUAAAAAAGGUUUACCAACGACAAUUACUAUGCCGAAACAUCUCUUCAAAGAUAAUUGUAGCAAUAAUCGACUUGUGAAAACUAUGUUUGAGGUUUAACUUAUACUUGAUACCUGCCUAAGGUGCCAGGUACUAACUGAGCGUCCACCGCCUGGGUGGGCACUGGAUCGCUGAGUUCACACGUUUUCUGUCAAUUCUAAGGCAAUACACUGCUUUGAAUACCACAACCUUCUGCUACCCCAACGUCUCAGAAUUGCGUCUGACAAGGCCAAAUGCAGCAAUUCUGUACACAGCUACAUCGUGUACCCAAAGUGUGAACCCCAGUUUAUGUCAAUACCCAGCACAUAUCAGUCAGCCAUGAAGUGUAAACAGUCCCAUAGACUGAUUUCCAUAAAAUCAUUUGUUUCCAUCUUGGUUUAUCUUUUUUAGUCCUUUAACAUUAUCCAAAACACAUUGUUCAAUAUACCUGGUUACGGAAAUCAUUGCAAAGUAAUGAUGUUAUUGUCGUAGGGUGGAAUGUACGUUUUUCAGUUGUUUGACGCUUUUUCUGGAAGCGGAUCUGUUGUAUUGUUGGUAGUCGUUGGUGAAUGUUUGGCCAUUGGAUGGCUUUAUGGUAAGAAAAACAAACAAAAUGUUUAAUUGUUCUUACAAGCCACUGAUAACUUCCUAGUAUACUCGCUGGCGGGGGGAGGGAGUGGAAGGGGUUUGCGUUACCGACUAUGUUAAAAAAAAUAGCGACCUAAAUUCGAGAACAUUACAUUUUGUUUUGUAUUGUGUUCUUUGAUCGUUUCUUACCUUUUAAGGAAUUUUCGUAGGGUUUAUCAGUUAAAAAUGAUUAACGUGAGACAAUGUUUUUCGUUUACAAAAGAACCCAGUUACUUCCCUUCUUUUUUUUGGGGGGGGGGCGACCGAAAGUACUAGCAAUUUUAUCCUAAGGGAGAGUAAGAGUUACAGCUGACGGGACGAAAAGUACGACGCUUUGGAGGCUGGGUAAGGCAAGUUCUGAACAGACGAGUGUGCUGGAUAUUGAAGUAAACAAACCCCAACUGGAACAACUAUAGUUGCGUUGUCCUUGUUGUUUUCGCUCUUGCCCAGCUGCAGCAAAUAUUAGGAAAAGGUGCUCUAUUCUACUCCUUAACAUUGCAUUAAGGAUAAUUAGAAACUGAAAUAAAAGAUCGGGUCGAAAGAGCUGAGAACUCACAAAGGACAGUAGAUUGCGUAGAAAUCGCCGCUUAUGUUUUACACACUGGAUUUGCAACGGCCCCGAGAGCUGUUUUGAUCUUACAGGAAAACCACGCUGUACAGACACCCACCUGUAUGUGACGGACACUAUUGCACAUCCCCUUGGUGUCUGUAUUAUUUGGGUUCCAGUGCAUUUAAUAAGACUUAUCAAUAACUACUUCAGUAGGCCCAAUUCAGUCGCCGAACUUUUCAUGAGCACAGCCUAAUGCUUUGAAUAAAGUAUAUAAAAUGUUCGGUGUCUGAAUCAGUUAGGAACGCCUGUUUCAAAUUUGGAACGGCCUAGCCGUUCUUUCCGCCUAGCUAGGCUGGGAAUUUCGACUUUGGAUCGACUUAAAAACGGCUUUGAUUCAGACGCCGAACUUUUCAUGUACCGAACCAAAUGCGGCAUAAAUUCUUAUAACGCAUUUUCAAAGCAGAUUAAUCGAAAUGAAUAUUUUUCUUCUUUCGAACUUAAUUCGGCUGGAAUUAAAAUCCGCGUCUGAAUCAAUUCGGCUGGUCUAAAUAAUUUGGGUCGGCCUUAAUUCGAAUUAGAUUAGUUUCAGCUCAUGACUGAAAAGUUCGGCGUCUGAACUGGGCCUUGGAAAGCUGUUAAAAAUCGACUUCUUAUCCUUUGUACUUUGAACUUUUCUACAUCCCUUUGUUUGAACUUAAUUCUCAACAGGUCGAAAACGUUUUUAUGACAACAUCGCGAGUAUGUUGGGAUUUACUAUCAGUCCCUGGUGUGGCUGGUGCUGGAGUUAUCUCUCACCAAUAUUUUGUUUGGUCAGUACAACGGCGAUUUUCUUUUGCUUGCUUGAGCAUAGUUAGUUGAGAAAACUGGUUAUUGAUGCCGGAAAAGAUAAAAGCAGCAGUGUCACAGUUCAUUUAGGGAGCUCCGCUUUGUUUUUUAUAUUCGCGCGUUGUCGCUGAGUCAGUUAAUGGGACGUUCCUAUUGGUCAGCCAGUUCAAACUGAUAAGAAUGCUAUUUGAACGUUGUGCACGGACAAUUUCAAAAAGGUUAACAAAAACAUCAUGAACAGGGAAGUCUCACGAGGGUCCAUAACCACUGCACAAUAAUAACUAUGGUCUGGGUAUAAACUAGUUUCAUAAUCUUGCGCAGAAGCGAGAAUGCGGCUAAACAGCGCGCGUGUAAAUGUGAAGGAUAGUUCUGAGCAAAAGGUGGUAACAUAAUAUGACAUAGCGUAACAUAAAAUAACAUAACAUAACGUAGCGCAAGCCACUUAACCCUUUAGCUUUAAGCCCCAAGUGUGACCAAAGUAAAUUUUCUCCUUACUGGUGUCUAUACACUAUCCAAAGGAAAAGUUAUGAGAAUUCUUAUGAUCACCAAAGAGAAAUUGCCUUGAUCUUUUAUCAAAUUCUCUCAACUUAUUCUUUAAGGAAAUGUAUGGAAAUCAACCUGGAGAAUUUGUAUGUGGAUAUUGGGGCAUAAAGGGUUAGGCACUGGUGCACAUCGCUUUGGGAGCUGUGUUGCGUUUCCCUUUUUUCCAUUUUUUUUUUUGCUUCGUCUCCCGAGGCAACAGUGGUUGAGGUUAACUGCUAACUAUCUUGCUGUUGUUUUUAGACUGUGCUUGCCUUCUACCUCGUGACGUAUCAACCACUCAAGUAUCGAGAUUACGUUUAUCCUGCCUGGGGACAGGCGAUUGGCUGGCUGAUAACCCUGUCGUCACUCUCCUUAAUUCCAACGGUGAUGAUAUACAAACUGAUCAACACCACUGGGUCAAUCCAAGAGGUAAAUAUUUGUCAGUAUAUCCAUGUCCGUUUUAUACUGGAACUUCGAUGUAACGAAGGGCCAGGGGACUCGGGAGAAAUUUGUCCCCUGUAACCGGGUUUUGUUAUAUCAAGGUUCUUUUCCAAAUAUUUUGCCAUUUCUUGGGUAUAGAAAAUCUUUUCUUAUACCAAAGACUUCGUUAUUUAGGGGUCUGUUUUAUGGCUUCAAUUAGAAAGAGUUUACCUUAGUUUUUAGAUCGAGUAUCUUUCUUUCUACAUAACUAUAAAACGUUUUGCACUUCCGGUUGGCCUCAUUUGGAAGGGAUGGUCAGGUUUGAAACGUCAUUUUCAUCACCAUCUGCCCAACCUCUCCCCCAGGGCUUUAAGGAAGUGCCCUGGAGACGAGGUUGACACCCGUCCCAGUCUCCCAAGAAAUAUCACUAGGGCUAAUAAAACAAUAACUUAUGACGGCGACUGCUUCCUUCACUGUUGUUGAGUCAGCAAUCAGUAAACUAUAUAAAACUCUUGUGUGUUGUGAUUCUAAUACCAUAUUCACCAUAUCGAACUUUGUUUCCUUUUUUGCAGCGUUUUCGCAAGUUGAUUCAACCUCAAUUGCAAGAUAGACAAGAACCAAAUGAGCAUACACCCCUCAUUGAUCAAGAAAACAAGUAAUCAAGUGAGCGGUGCACUAUGCGCGUGUUCAGCCUGCUUACAUCUGUUGUAAUUAUCGUAAAAACCCGCUUGUAAGAACCCAGAUUUUUCAAACAUAGCCCAAACUGGUUCUUUUAAAAAUGGUAUUUAGUGGGAUUUUAGGCUACUUAGGUUCUUAAUUUGAUAGGGGCACCAGAGAUAAGCACAGAUAACUACUACGGGGC